AGAGAGAAAGAGAGAGGAGGAGGAGGAGGAGGAGGAGGAGGAGGAAGAGGAGGAGGAGGGGGAGAGAGAGAGAUGAGAGAAAGAAAGUGUAGAGGAAGAAAAAGGGAGAGAAGCCAGAGAGAGGGGAGGAGAAAUGGAGCGAGGGAGGGCAGAGAGAAAGAGAGGAGCAUAGAGCGAGGGAGGGAGGGAAGCAGCCAGGAGUCUCUCUCUCUCUCUCCUUCCUCUCUCUCUCUCUCUCUCAUGCACACACACGCACACACACUCCCAUACACAUUCGCACCAGCUGUGCUGUUGUCAGUCUUGGAAUGUAAGCACUGCCGUGAGGAGUCAGAUUCUCCGCCGCUAAGCACUGCUAAGGAGUAGGAACAGAGCCGCCUCUGCUGCCGCCGCCGCCGCCGCGCACUCCCUCACUGACACAGAUGGAUGCUAAGCUGUGAAAACCAAAGGUAAGGGCUUUUUCUGAUUAACGUUUGAGGACGUAUUUGUAUUUCUUUUUUUUUUUUUUCCUCUUCAGACUCCAGGGGGAUGAUUUUUGCUCCUCUCUCUGUGACAGAGGCAGACGGAUGCAGCAGCGUGGAGAUGAUCUUAGAGGGGGAAAAAAAAAGUGUUGCAACUUCAAAGAGAUUGAUAAAUCCACUCAAGUGGGGAGUAAUUAGAUUUGAUAACCAAUACUGACAUUUGAAGUUGUCCUCCUCUUUUAUUUAUCGAUUUAUUUGUUGUAGAAGAAGAAGCUGGAAAAGAUGAUUCAGAAUAUUUAUGAGACUUUUAGAUUUUUCAUCUUUAAUAAUCUGAAAUUGAACGUCAAAUCCCGCGUCCUCUAACCUCCUCAUCUUCAUCAUGUGCCACCUGACACUCUGCACAGAUGUAACUUUAAUAAGCAUCAGAGUGAAGGCGUCACACUGUGCUUUUAUAAAAGCCUCACAUUAACUUUCUCCCUCCUUUCAAACUCCUCUGAUCCCCGGAGUCGACAUUUUUCACAUACAGCUGAAACGCAUGUGUGUCUAUUUCUGAAUAAAUUGCCUCCAGAGUCGGAGCACCUGUGUCAGAGCGUCUACAUGUGUGUGCAGAGGCAGUGUACCAUUCAUAUCUACAAAAAGAAGAAGAAGAAGAAAAAGCAUGGAGGUGUUUAUCGCCGUGUUCAAGCAGCGCGGCGAGUGAUGCCGAGUCUGUACAUGUGCAUAUCCUCCACAGCACAAACUUAAUCCACCCUCACUCUUUCUCUUCUUCUUCCUCCUCUCUUCUCCUCUCUCUCUCUCUCUUUCUUCCUCUGUAACCGCCUCAGUCCUCCUCAGUGUACCGCCUGCCUGCCUUCCUGCCUGCUUCCCUCACACUCUGACAGCUUUACAACCACUGGAGUGAUAUUGUAGGCUAUGCUAGUGUGCUCCAGGUCACCCAUGUAAAGCCAUUAUUGUUUAGCGCAAAUUAGCCACUAACAGGCGCCCUGAAUUAUAGUCAGAUAUGGAGUGACCUUUCGGCGUUUGGAAUGAGAAGCAGGAGGGAAAGGCUUCUCCCACACAGGCUCAGAGGCUCUCACGAGCUUUCACACAGCUGCUUUUAGAGGAUUAAGCAAGAAUAUUUAUUUGCUGGAGCAUGUCAGGGAGGGAAAACAAGACAGGGAGGAGAAAUCUGCACAAAAUGGAAUAAUACAGAAGCAGAUUUGAGGUGUCGGUGUUUUCUUUUGUGAGUGUUCUUGUGGUUUUAAGUUCUCGAGCAAACUACUCAGCUUUUUAUCAACUUCUCUGAAAUGAUAAAACACAAGAUGUGGAUUUAUUUCGAUUAACAGAGUGGACUUUGUGUCAAUACGCCCUUUUCGAGAAAAUAGCGUGCCCCCUCCUCCUUGUUUCAAGUAGAUUUUCAACAAGGAAGUGUGCACUGUAUCAGAAAAAAUUGCUUAGAGGAUUUCAAAACAUGAGUAAAGCUUGCUGAGGUUUGCCAAAGACUGCAGCCGCUCCAAGACAGACGGCGUAUAUGAGGAAGGACUAGGGCUCCACCAAGUGGAGGUUUGUGCACAGGUGCUGCUGCUGCUGCUGCAUCUUGGUGCAUCAACGCCCCUCAUGCUUAGAUUUACACCCUCUCCGUCUCUGCCGCUCUGUCAGUGCCGGCGAGCAAUCAGCCGAGCUCCUCAAACUGCCAAUCACAGCACACUGGUUUUCACUCAGCUCUCACGGGUAGUUAGUGUUUGUGGCUGUAAAAGGACGGCGUUUACCGACUCUUAAAUCACCUCCUAUGACAAACGGCGCAGGUAGAGCUGAUCACAGAGACUAAUCACGACAGCGCUCUGUGACCUUGCACCCUCUGCCGUCCUCUCUCUCCAUCUUUACUCCUUCUUUUUCCUAAAUGAAUCCGGGUUUUAUUUGUGCUUCUCUAAACACAGACACUUGUUGAACUCCUCAGCAGCAAAGCUAGGAGCUCUGAUUUAAAUGCUGCUCAGACGCCAGCAGUUGAAAAUUUGCACUGUAUUUAUGCAGUAAGUGGGAGGGUUUGGAUGCUCGGUGGCUAAUUAUACCAUCUAUAUGGAUGGAGUUGUGCGUUUGUGUUGGAGCGAGGAUGUGUGUGUGAUCGUCUUGGUUCAAGAGGUCCGCGCAUUUAUGAUCAGGAUGGAUUUAGAUCUGAAAUACCAAGUUGAUCCCAGGGGACCCAAGGUCAUGUUGUUGCAUCCGAGGCUGCGCAGUAAAGUGCAAAUUUAUCGAUGUUACGAUCUAAACACACAGAAAUAAAAAAAAGUCUGAAUUUAAUGCAGUAGAUGAGUAAAUUAUUUAAUGUUUGCAAUCAGCUUUUUCCCACUCAGCAUGCUCGUUACACUGACGAUGGAGGCCUGAGUCUUAUAGUCGUGGUGCUUUUUUAACGUUUUGAUGCACUCAAGUGAGGCUAUAAGCAGCUGUCAUCAAAACCUCCGAUUAAUUGGAGAUAAUUUAGUGAUGUAAUGUUUAAAACAUCAACAACAGCAGAAAUGAGGAGUUACUUUAGCUUGGGAUAUCAUGUCAGAUUUGUAAGUAAAGACCUAAAUCAAGUAAGUUUGAGUGAAAAUGAGCGAGAAGUUUGACUCUGUUACAGAAAUAUAGAUUCAAAGUCAAGAAGUCACCAUAAAAAUCAUAAUAUUUCACAUCUCUUGUCAUUUUGUCAAUAAAUAUUUCAGCAAGAAAACCUCAUGCAAGGUCUGUUAUAUUUCUUUCAUAUUAGGUUCCUUUAGCUGCAUGUCGUCCUGCAAAGAUAUGUGAACAAAAAUGAAACUAUCCUGAGUUGAAGAAUGAGAUUUGUCCUCCAAAAUAACCUAAAACUCAAUAAUUAUAAUGAGAAGUAAGAACAUGCAAAAGUAUGCAUGCAGCACUGACUGAGUCAUCACUACAGGCUACACACAGUCUGAGCAUGUGCACUGAAUAAUAAUCAAUUAUGACUUUUAUCAAAAGAAAGUAUUUCCCUCAAUCAUUCACCGCUUCAUAUUCUAAGGUCACCCUCCUGGUGUCACGUCCAGGUUUAUAAAGUGGACCAGCGCUGAUUUGAGUCGAUUAGACGGAUUUAGGAUUUUAGUGUAAAUCAGGAGAUGUGAUAGGUUACUAAGUCUGGACUCAGGGGACACAAAGGAAAAGGAAAUCUUAGGCAUCAAUUUGAAACUCUGGAGUCCUUUUAAGAGCUGAUUCGUAAAAACAUUUUUAUAAUUGUCCUAUCCUCAUUUUUAAAGCAGUGGAGUGAAGCAACAUUUACUACCUUCAAAUAAAACAAAGUCUUUAUUCUGAACCAACCAUCAUCUUUUUUUUGAUCGAGUGAGUUCCCACAUGAAAUAAAACAAAUUUAGUGAGAGUGAAACUUUCAUUAAAGCAAAUAUUCUCUAAAAGGUAGAAACAGAAACUAUCAAUUUAUAAACCUUCAGCUCAAAUAUCUGUGAAACCAUACUGUGUGGUUUUUUAUUGAUAUAUUGGUACUAAAUUAGUUUAAAAUGAUAUUUAAAUAUCAGAUUUAACGUAUUUCAGUCUAUACUUUGAUUUUGUUAACAUGAGCCAAACUCUGUUUUUGCAUUUACCAUCUUUGCAGAGCGCUGCAUGUCCUCUCACAGGAGAACUUCCAGCUCUGAACCACACCGAGGCCUGGGCGAUUUGGCCAAAAAGAUGAUCACGAUAUACUUUGUCUUAUUGUCUGAUCUCGAUUAAUAUCCCGAUAUUUUUUAAAACUGCCAGUUUUAAAGCAUCUGUACUUAAAACUAAAAAAUAAAUAGAUAAAUACUAAAUAAGACGUUAAAUAACUUUUCUUCUCAACAAUAACAUCUUCAGAGGAUGACUCAAAGUCAUGGCUGACAUCUAUUUCACUGCCCUCAGCUCCACGUUCGGUUUCUCUGUUUACUCGUCCAGCAACUUUCAGAAGUGAGCAGGAAAAGCUCGACUCUGAUUGGCUGUUGUGAGGCAAAUUUUCGCCAAGUUUGAUCGAGUAAAUAAGCUAACAGCUGAUCACCGUGAUCGAACUGAAAUUUAUCACGAUUAUAAAAUCACCCAGUCCUAACCACACCUCAUCUUUUUUAAUCGAGUGAAACCCCACAUGAAAUAAAACAAAUUUAGUGAGUGAAACUUUCAUUAAAGCAAAUAUUCUCUUAAAGGUAGAAGGUAAUCGAGCUCGAAACAGAAACUAUCAAUUAAUAAAGCCUCAGCUCAAACAUCUAUGAAAAUAUACAGCUUGGUCUUUGAAAUAUUGAAACUAAAUUAGUUUUAGAUUUAACGUAUUUCAGUCUGAGGUUUAAUUUUGUUAACAUGAGCCAAACUCUGUCUUUGAAUUUACCAUCUUUGCAGAGCGCUGUAUGUCCUCUCACAGGUAAACUUUGAUUUCUUUCAAUGUUUUGGGUGAACAAAUCCAAGUUUGGGUGGGCUAAACCCUCCCUUAAAUCCUUCAAAGCAUGAGAAAAAAACGCUGAUGUUACUAGAAACUGAGCUAAGACGUGUCUGAAAGUCUUUUCCACGUCACCCACGAGACCGCUGAAUCCUCCUUUACAAAGACCUCUCUCGAUAUAAUGAGUAGGGAGUGAUAAAUAAGUGAAAGAUGUUGGAUUCAGAGAAAGAAGUCUGAAAAACCUCUUGUAGUAAAUGUAAAAAAGUGUCAUAUCCAGGGGGUUUGUGGGUAAAAGUGUGGCGCGACAAUAAAACCCGGCUAACAGAGGGUUAUGUUUACAAUAAUCUGUGCCAAAGGUUGCAGCAACAUCGAGAGCAGAUGGUCAAUUUAGGUGUUUAUAGUCUCUCUUGUAUAGAGCAUCAUCGAUUUAUUAUGCAUGCAGGACCUCUGGAAAAGGUUUACCAUGCAGCCAGACUCACAUUGCUGCACAUUGCACCUAUAAUUAUUGUCCUCCUAAAGUCAGGGAAGCCAUAAAAGUGCUUAGUUGCAGCGCUCAAUUUAAUGUUCGUGGGGAAAGCCUGCAUGCUCGGUUUUUUCGGGGCUGCGUGAGCAUACAAAUUCCCACAGACGAAUGUGCAAGGCUGUGCUUUUUUCGAGGAAGCAUAUCCUGAUGAACAGCUAGUUUAUAUCUGAUCAAAGAUAUUCUUAUUCAGCAAAACAAGAAUGUAUAAUUUUGCGGAUUACAAAAGUGGGGCACGGCGGGGCUUCUUGCCAGAGUGUGUCUUCGCCAAGAUUAAGUGUAACAGCGGCGGGAAACACUUUAGAAGCAUAUUUAACAAUCCCAUCCCCUCACAUCUUCGCUUUAACACCAAGCCAUAUAAGCUGUCCGCAACUUAAUCUAAUCAUAAACAACUUUUUCUUCAUAAAGCCGACUAUUUAAUGGGCUAAAUAAGUUGAGAUAAUUCAGCCUGAGUCUAUAGGAUCUGGCAGGGGCUCAUCUCCUCGCUCAUCCCUAAUGGAGUGUUUGGAAGAAUUUCCAAAAAGACACACACUGGCCCUAAUGCUUAAUAGGCACGCCACAUCAAAGAUUAAUAUCCAGAAUGCUAUUAAAACUCAAGGACAGGCGGGAAUGAUAAUUAGAAAAUGCAAUCACAAGCAUCAGGCUAGAUUAAUUGCAAGGCGGCAUUUCCUGAUUUCUGGGAUGCACGUGUCACGCUCACGCCACAUUACGAGCACGCUCAGGGAGAUAGCAUUAAAAAUGCAGCGGUGAUGAUGGCUCAGGACUUUGCGUUCGUCCUGGCAUCAGAUUAAGAAGCAGCGUCGAACUUCUCUCCUUUCUUUUUUUUGGACAUGUUUGCAGACUUCUUAAAAGGUCAGCUCCGGUGCACCGAACAACCGUGACCGAGAUCUACCCACAAUCCUUUGUGUUUUUCCGUGUUAAGCCCCAACUUGAACAAACUAAGGCGAGAACUAUUGUGGACUUGGGUGGUAUUUGAACAUUAUUGCUGAUUUAAUUAGCUAAAUCUGUCUGAGUGACUAAGAGUGAUUUACGUCGGGAUCUCAUUAGCUCACUUAUUUGAUUUUCUAUUCAAAGGAUUACAUUCAUUUAUAUUCAUCAAUGGAAGCAUAAUACUAAUUUGCUCACAGUGAAUGCCUGCGCUGACAUUAAAGUCCUUAUUUAAGACCGUGCCGAACAAAAGCAGGAGGGAUGGUGGAAGUAGCAUGUGCCUAUAACACCGUCUCCCCUCGGGGAUUCUGUGAAAGCUUGUCAGGAUAACUCUGCUAUGGGAAACCACUAAAUGGGCUCUAUUAGAAAGAGAGGCAAGAUUUAUUAGGAUUAACAUCCAAAAGAGCAUAAAUUAUGCAUGCACACCCAAAUUACCUAUCAGGAUGAGUCCUAAUAGGGACAGAGCCUCGGAGGAGUAUUGAAAGGAGACAACCAAUAAUGUGAGACGCCUUUUAAUACGAGUAAAUCUGACAGAAACAGAGGGAUCGUUUGAUGAUUUUAUACAGGAGGUGUUCUAGGUUCUGGACCACCCAGAUGUUGAGUUUAAAGGAACCAAAAAGGCAAAUGAAUGAGGUCGGAUCACAACAGGUGGAUAACAUGAUUGUGAGAGACCGUGUGAGCUAACAGUUCAUCAUCAGUGAAUAAGAUCACUGUAAAAAAAGAAGGGACAAGGCCAAAAACUAAAACUGGAUGGCUGUAAUCUGUGGGCCCAUACUAGGGUGACCAUAUGUCCUCUUUUACCCGUACAUGUCCUCUUUUUUGGGAGCUUGUCCAGCUUUGUUCGGGGAAGUUUAUAAAUCCCUCAAAUGUCCACGGUUUUGUAUUGAAGUUUCUAGGCACUUUUCGAGUUUCGUCACUUGGACUUCCUGAGUUAGAAGCCCAAAAAUCCACUCGAUCCGACCCAAAAAACUCUCAAAAUUACCUUCAUGCGACUGUAACUUUUUCCCCCGUGUAGUCGUGCCCCUCACUCAUGGAAUUUCCUCCAACGAUCUCUAAAGAUGACAGCCUUUCCCUCUCUUACAGAGUUUAAGACUUCAAUUACUGACCGUUGCUCCUCUGUUUAUAACUGUUCUUAUUAAUUCCUUUGCUGUUGUGAUUGAUUGAUUGUUUUAUUGAUUGUUUGAUUCUGUAAUCAUAUGAGGUCUGUGAUCUCUGCGACAUUGAAAAUGAGGGAAACCUUGAUGUCCUUUCGAGAAUAAAUAAAGGUUUGAAUCGAAUGGUCACCCUAGCCCACACUAAACGACAUGACUCUGUAGUGGAGGUCACUGCAUGGGCUCAAAAUCUCACCUAAACACCCUGUAUCCUCGAGGGAUGGGCGAUAAUCUUUCGUUCACGAUAUAUCGUCAGAAGAAUCCUCCAUGACAAAUAUUUGCUAUCUCCUGAUAAAUACAAUAAAUGAGAGUUGAUGAUGUAAAGCGCGAGCGACGGACGCCGGCCGAAGCCCACACAGAUCAGAAUAACAAACAAACAUGGCCGAAGGUGAUGAAGAAGACGUUUCUGAGCAUCUCAUUCCUGAAUGAAUCUCCACAUGAGGGAUUUCUCCACAUGAGUGCAAUCAGGUCUGCCUGACAUCAGACUGUGGAUCUGCUGCUGUUCACUCUGUGAAAUCAGAGUUUUCAACUAAUGCUGGAAAUGUUUGAGACUUGUUUGAUGUCAUUAGUUUUCUCCAUAAACUACCACUUAAACUUGCGGUUAAAAAUCUGAUUUGAAGACUCCAACUGGUCCUCUCAAGACAGAAUGAAUCAAAAAUAUUGAUUGGAAUUUUAAUAUUUUUUAUUGGGACAUUUAUCGUUGUGAGCAAAAUGGCAAAUCUUAUUGUGAUAUUUUUUAGCCCGUAUCGCCCAUCACUAGUAUCCUCAAACACCACUGACAUAUCUGAGCGUGAGCACAUUGAGGAUGGACUUGGUCAAAGUCGCCUUUCGAUGACGUCUACCGCCUCCUUUAGGUCGCCAAAGGAAAUAUAAAAAUAAAAGCAAAACUAUCUAUUGAUAAUCAGAGCUUACAUUUUAUUUUAUUUUUCCUUUAAAAAGUUAACAACUACAAUUAAAUCCAUCUAAAAAUUACAGUACAGUGCGUUGUAAUUCUCUGUAUUAUAUGGAGAGAAAGUUUCGAGGUCGAUUGAAUGAACAAACGGAAAUAAAGAAAACUGCAGGGGGCUUUUAACCGAAGACAUUUGACGUAUUAAAUGGAGCACAAUGUAGUUUCUCAGAGUGGACUUGCUGUGGUGUGACGUCUUUAACAGGCGCUGGGCCCUGAGCUGAUCUGGCAGCCCGACACAUCUGGUUUGUUCUUGGCUCACAGCUCAAACGCCAGAAUCCCUGAUGGUCAGAAUUUGUCCCCAUGACAUUCAUAGAUUCAUUAAUGCUGAAUAACAUGGACAAAGAAUGACUUUUCAAUGGAAGACUUUGAUUUACACACCAAGAAGACACCAGACUAUGUUUUAGACAAACUACAACAUCAUGGCUCAGAAGUAGAGGGGUCUACAUGUCAAACAAGUCUAUCUGAAACCGUUAACAUUUGGCGCAAAAAUCUGAAAUAGGCAUGUAUUUCCAGUUUUAGUAUUUCCGACAAAUUUGCACCCAUCAAACUCUGUUUUUAUCAAUAUUUUCCACAGCUACGUCACUAUUUUGGAAUCGUGGUUGUACCCCUAAAAUCUUUGGGGAUUCAACAUCUUUGAGGACGUGAAAAAGACACAUUUAUCUUUGGGAAGACAUGCGGCGGCGCGUCUUUGCUGGUACGAAAUCGAAUGAGCUUGAAGCGGGAUGUAAAAAUAUAAACCUCCUUUCAGCGUGGCGCUUUACAGCGGCGCCUUUUUUGCUCCUGUCAGAAGCGCUCAGCUCCUGGAGGUGCCUGUAUUAUGCUGUUCAAACACACUCACCGGCUGUGAAGAACUGUUUGCAGAUCAGUAAUGCAACUUAUAAUUAGUGCAGCUUGCUCCUUUACAACUCAAAUACAGAAGGAGACGGGGACAUGACAGGGAGUUGUAGCUGCAGUUAUUAAACUUCAUUUGGGUUUGACAUUCAUUUAGCUGCUGAUGCACUGCAGUGACUGUCUGCAGUCUGUUUCACUGGGGUGGUGGACUUUUUUAUUCCUCUUAGUCAUUAAUCACUUCCAUUAGUUCUGCAUGCUUUCUUCUUAAAAAGAGAUCAUUACAGUCUUCUGACAAAACAUACGGCUGCUUUUCUAAGUGUGAGUUUAAUCGUGUUUCUCUCUCUUCAUGGAGAAAUUUGUACUUAUUAUUAUAGGGGAACUAUUAUCUGAUUUUAUGACGAUAAUCUGAUGGUUUUAAUAUGAGCUUUUGGGGCGAUGGGGAAAAGAUGAAGUUACAGGUCUGAAGGUCAGGUCUGUGUUGUUGCCAUGGCUGCAUUCGUUGUGCUUCCUCCUUCAGUCAGCUUCAUCUCGAAGGGGUAAAAACAGCAAAAACUCCAAUUUCAGUCUCAUUUCUGAUUCACUUUACCUCACAUCCACCUGGCCGAGUCCACAUUAGUGUUUAAUUUUAAGAUAUUUCAGCAAAAAAAAUGACCAGAGCUGCUUGUCAUGAGUUAAAAAAGUCGAUAUGCAAAUGGAAUUAGGAGAAAAACACUUGACAGGUACCACAUUUAAGCAAAUCCUUUGUGGAGAAAAUCCAUUUGCAGAUUCGUACUCAUUAUUUCAGGUCUUAUUUUGGGUUUACAGUAUUUGGAAAUGAGCUAUGACACUGAAAUUAAGCCUAAAAUGAAUAGUUUGACUAUCCUCAGGGUUCCCCUCCAUACAUCAGGAUAUCUGAUUAUAACUUAUGAACAUGUGUGAGAUUUCAAAUCAGGGGAUCAGGGGUAGAAAAAUCAUUCUAAACUGACCUCAAACCUCAGGAAAAUCCACAAGGAUUAUCAAUACAACUAUAAAAAACGAUGACUUUGUUGACUUUUGUCAGGAGGGAUCCAAAAUCCUCCGGUUAGUUCGUAUGGUGAACUUCGCUUUGGUCUGACUCUUGCAUGCUGAGCAGCCAGCUGACCCCGGGUUAAUGGUAGUUAGAGUUUUGGUGCAAAUACUGGAACAUCUUCUGCUCCAAUUUACACACAUUUUAUGAGUGAUUUGUCCAGAUUUCGGUUCAGACUGGUUGAAUAUUUCUAUAUUUUUGCAUAGUUCUUCUUUUGUCUGUAUUGUUGUGCACGCUGAUGCACCAUAAAACUCAUCCCUCAUAUGUGGAAAUCUACAUGGAAAUACGCCUGACGCUGACAGGUGCUGCAUUCGCUCACCUCAGUGAACACGAGUCUCUUUUUCUGCUGACUAACCGAUCUUGACAACCCAUGAAUAGCAUGCGUCGCACAACGUCUGCAGUGUGCAUCCUCUUCCUCUAUAGCUUACACACACACACACACACACAAGAGGCUUACUUUACACAUCAAACACACAUGCGCGCGACGCCACAUGCAUAUGUUAGCAGAAGUCCUGCAACCUUCAAGACUGAGCAGGUAACACAACAGAUAAGUCUUCUUUUCUGCAGACUUUAGAUCGUAUAACAGAGGAGUCCCUGAAAACAGGAGUUUGAGGAUGUUUUUUUUUUCUGCAGUGAAGUGUUUCCUUGUGUGUCUGAGGGUUUUUCUAUCCUACAAGGACUUAAAGUUUAAUGUAAAAGACAUCUAAGUAUUCCGGCUGUGCCUCCUGACUCCGGUUUCCUCUUUUCACAGGGAUCUUAAGGACAUCAAAAGAGAGGAAUACAAUGUCUGUUCUGAUGACACAUGCUAGCAGAAACCUAUUACCAUAAUUCGCAAGUCACCCAGGACGUUUCCCAGCUGAUUGGAUACCAUGAUAACCAAUCAGGUUCUGCUCCUCCUCAUGCUCUCCAUCCUGUGGCCCAGCGCUGCCCUGCCUUUCACGCCUGGGAAUAUUGGGAAUCUGUUUGGGAUGCAGGAGAGUGAUGGGAGAGUUCUGCAGCGCUCCAAACGUGGAUGGAUGUGGAAUCAAUUCUUUCUGCUGGAGGAGUACACAGGAAACGACCAUCAAUAUGUCGGCAAGGUAACGUGUCCAAACACAUUGUCUGCAGACUAAUUGUAGAAGGUUGAGCUUGUUGGAGGAGUGUUUGAUGUAAUUGGGCGAAGAUGAAUGGGGCUGCCAGGACGCUGGCUGUUACAGGCACAGUUAACUGGAGCUAUCAGAUACACCGCACACUCACACUCACACUCACUGCAAUCUUUGCCUCUGGCCUUACACGCUUCUCGACUAGGAUGCUUUUUAAUCACACUGUAUUUACUGCGAGAGCUCUAAUAUCACCGACUCGACUAGGCGGAUGCCAUCGACGGAGUAAGAUGAAUUUCUUGUGAACCGAAAUAGCAGAAAAAGUGCUUCUUAACCAGUCAGUGGAGUCACUUUUGUCAGACAGGCAUAAUAAUAAUCAUAAAAGCUCGAAUCAGUCAAUAAAACAGAGAGAGCAUGAGUCAUCAGACAUUCAAAAACAAGGCAGGGACAGAAAUACACUUCUACUUUGUUUCAAUUUGGGUUUCAAGCAACGUAAAGACAGGAGCGCCUCCAAGACUCAGACUGAAGUAAGUGGAUGAGCUCUUUGGACAUCAUAAAAGUUCCCAGAACAACUUAAGGGACACUGUCUAUAAAAACUGAGAGGCCUUUUCGGUCAGCACGUUCACGUCACUCCAUAAAACAUGAAAUAGUUUUGGCAUCAAGCCUCUCUGACGGGGAGUCAAAGAAAAAGAUGGUACCAGAACUGAAUGUUACUUACUCUGGGCUGGAUUUGAUAACCAGGACAGCUAAGCGAAUUGAACUUAAAGGGAUAUUCCAGUGUAAAAUUAAUUUAUGGUCAAACACACUGUAACAUCAAGUUAGACGCCCCCUCCAGAGAUGAAUGUUGCAGACCGCUUGCUUCUCUAGUUAUACCAACUUUAGUAACGACCACAGAUAGCAAUACAGAGAGCCACACGCUCAACCAAAACACCACUCUAUAGCCACAUUACAGACUACUCUCUUCCAGCAGCUGCUUGUUUGUAGGGAGACCUCAAACCAGUCCAUUACAGACAACUGUGGGGUGCCGCAGCUCAAGGAAGAACAUUUAUGAUCAUUUCUUCAUGGAAAUACAAUCAGACCGAGACGCUAAAAAAAAGAACUGCCGUGUCUGCAGAGCAAAAUGAUUAAUAUGGUGAUUUUUACUUCAAGGAAACGAUAAAGAAAUGAUCAUAAAUGUUCUUCCUUGAGCUGCGGCACCCCACAGUUGUCUGUAUUGGACUGGUUUGAGGUCUCCCUACAAACAAACGGCUGCUGGAAGAGAGUAUGAAGAGUUGUGUUUAGUCUCUUUGCUAAAGAAAUGAGUCAAAGUUAAAAAGAUGUUUGGUGUCUAGUACUAUGUCUGUGACCCUAUAUGUCCUGUUGAUGAAGUUAGGUGCUGUUCUGAGCAUUAUUUGUGGCUAUAGAGCGGCUGUGUAUUUGGCAACAUUCAUCUCUCGACGGGGUGUCUAACUCGGUGUUGCGGUGUGUUUGACCAUAAAUAAAUUUAUGCCGGAAUAUCCCUUUAGGACAAAACAAACCAACAUUUCUCCCACCUUUGACUCAUGUAUCAUGCAGAGUUACAUCAUGCAUACUUUGACUCACUGCAUCCACAGUGAUCAGCAUACAUCCUCUGACCCUUGGAGGAAAGCUGCUGUGGCUCUCAGGUGGGCUGUUGAGGACCACACCAGAGCUGUAAGCUGAUAAGAAGCUUUAUCUUCUGGCCUUCCUCUCUCUUGUUGACCUUUGGCGUGGAAAGUCAGGUGUUUUUCAAACGAUGCCUCUGGUGCUCUUACUCUUAACGAGGCACGCCGGUUGAGCAUUUGGAGUUGGUAGUAAAACAGUCCAGUCUUAGUUAAGCAGUCGGCUUUUACUGUCUAUUUUUAACGUCAUUGUUUAAAGUUUCUUUUGGGGGUUUUCACUGUCUUUAUUUAGAGAGGACAGAAGACUGAACAGAUCAGACCUAAUCCUAUGCCCACUGGAGGCAUCACCUGAGCACAUAAGACAUUCUGUUUAUGAAAACCGCCUGAAGGCAGGAGCUCGGCUUAGUCCAUAUGUCCUUAAGUCUAAAAAACACCUCUGGACAGACGCUCAGAUAACUGGGCCCUCAGCUGCGUCUUUAUCUGUGAGGAUUUUAAGUUAGUUACAACAAAACAUCUUAUAAAACAUGUAUAACCAAUGACAAAUCAAAGUUUAUACAUGGUUAUAGAUUGUAAAAGUGAAAGAAAUGACAAAAAUGCAAAAUCAAGUAGCUGGUUGUGUCUCCGUCACUGGAAGAGUUUGUCCUUUCGCAGGGAAAAUAUGACAGAUCUGACACGCUCAAAGGCCAACCAAACAAUUAGUUAGUUUAGUGCUCCUCGUGGUCUUUGAAGAAGCUAAAUUAAGAGCUUUUAAUAACAUCUUUUUCUUCUUUGCCAAAUGGAAAAUCCUAACAGCAAACUACAAUUUUUACCUGCUGUGAAUUUUUGUCUUUUAACCCAAAUUCAACGUAAUAAACGAUCAUUAAAAGCUCAACAAAGGUGUGCUUUCUCAUGCUUAUCUCAGCCCUCUGUUUCUCAUUAUGCAGUUGGAGAGUUUUGGGGUGCUUUCUCUAAACUUCUCAGUUCUCACAUGAAUCACUCAGUCACUCAUAUUUAACUGCAUUUUUGAAUUGACAGUGGAAAUGUUCUGCGCCCAAAAUAGCAAGCGCAAGAAUAUAAGAAUGCAAAUUUUGGGUGUUCUUCAAAAAAUGGGUCAGCGAUGAUGAAAACGCCCAAGACAAACAAAAAAGUAAGAGAGAUACACUCUGACACUCUCCGUAAUUUGGAUGAAAAACAUCUUCAGAGAGGCUCCUCUUUUCACCGAAUAGAGGUUUACAAAGGCUGUGAUUCAGUGAGUCAUUUUAAAAAGCAGAACCCCACAUGAUUCAACAUGAAUCAGUUCAGGGCUCAGACGAGUCAAACUCAACCAAAGACUCGAGCGAGUCCCAGGUGUCAGAAAAAUGGUUUGAGACCAAAUUAAAAAAACUGCAGCUCCUGCGAGACUCUUUUUCUUCUGAGAAUCCCCCCAAAUUGAAAGUUUUCGGGACAAUGCUCCUCCUCCACACCCAGCCAGAUCAGAGAGGCUGUUGUCAGCUCACCCGUGCCGACACUAUAAAGACAGGUGUGAUGGGGAGCGCUACAGUUAUCAACUCGAGGGAGGAAAAUGAGGUGACUGUCGACAGCCAAUUUUCUCAGAGGAAGCUGGCUUUCAUCACACACCUCAUUCUCAGGAGUAAACAAGUGUCUUGUGCGAGGUUGAGUAGGGGGAUAUGACAACUUCUUUCGCGGAAACCAUCACCCUGAUGUGGUGGAGAGAAGGGAACAGUGAAAAUUAAUGGAAUAGGAAGAAGAGGAGAGGGGAUACAAAAACAUAUCAAUCACAAAGGGCCGCUGAUGCUCACCUUGUUGUGUUAUGUGAUGAAGCAGCAGAGCAAAUGCUGACUCUAAAUGGGGCCAUGCCUUGAUAUGUCAGUGACUGGUGUGAUGUGGCUUUCUCCUCCACCCUUUGAUGCUUUCUGGCACUCAACUUCUGCACAACGACAGCAAUCACAUUCACCAGCUCUCCUACUCCUCCUGUGUCCAAUAUCAGUCACCAUUAAACUGUCAGGAAAACAUGAGCAUGUAAUAAAUUACCAAUGCAGGGGGGGAAACAGGCCACUCACUCUCUGUGUCCUACAGAGAAAAAGCUGUAACUGCAUGUUAUGAAUAAAUCCACCGGUUUAGCACCAAAGUCCUAAAUUACAGAGCGGGCUGUUGAUACUUGGAUAAGGCGUAAAAAAUGGAACAAGUUUGAGGGAAGAUGUGGACAUGGAUCUGAAACAAUAUGGAAUAAAGCAACAACAUAAGUCAUGAACAGAACGAUCUCAUAGGACAUGAUACAAUAUAAUUAAACUGUGUAAUAUGAGGAAAUAGAACACAAUGAGGUACGGAAUGAUGCGAAAAGCUACAAUAUGAUACAAUACAAGAGGGUGGAAUGUAACGCAAUACUAGUCAGUACUAUAUGAUGCAAUACCAUACGAUACGAUACGAUACGAUACAAUUCGAUAUGAUAUGAUAUGAUACAAUACAAUAUGAUAUGAUGAUACAAUAUGAUGAUGUGAUGUAAUAUGAGACUUUAGAACAUGAUGAGAUACUGAAUGCUGUGAAAAGUUACAAUAUGAUACAAUACAAUAGGAUGGAAUGUGAUGCAAUAUUAUUAAAUACUAUAUAUGACCGAUACAAUACAAUAUGAUGUGAUACUUUACUAUACAAUCUGCUAUGAUAUGAUAUGUUACGAUACAAUAUGAUAUGUAACAAAACAAUACUAUGUGAUAUGAUACGAUAUGAUAAUAUGAUUAACUAUGAGACAAUAGAACAUGAUGAGAUGUGGGGUGCUGGGAAAAGCCACAAUGUGAUGCAGUAUUAUUAGAGUACUAUAUGAUACAAUGCCAUAUGAUACAAUAUGAUACUUUACUGUAUGAUCUGAUUUGACAUGAUAUGUUACAAUACAAUAUGAUACGCAGCGAUACUACUAUCUGGUUUGGUACAAUAUGAAGAUACCCUGUAAUAUGAGACAAUAGAACACGAUGAGAAACGGAUUGCUGCGAAAAGCUACAAUAUGAUACCUUACAAUAGGAUGGAAUGUGACGCAAUAUUAUAAUGUAUUAUAUGAUGCAAUGCAAUACGAUAUGAAAAGCUACUAUACGAUCUGAUAUGAUACAAUAUGAUUGCACCGUGUAAUAUGAGAACAUUGGAACAAAAUGAGAUACGGAAUGCGACAAAGAGCUACAAUAUGAUACAAUACAAGAGGAUGCUAUAUGAUGCAAUAUGAUAAGAUAUGAUACUUGACAAUACGAUCUGUUAUGAUAUGAUAUGUUAUUAUACAAUAUGAUACGUAACAAUGUAAUACUACAUGAUAUGACACAAUGUGAUUUUACGAUGUAAUAUGAGACAAUAAAGCACGAUGAGAUAUGGAAUGCUGUGAUAAGCUACACUAUGACACAAUACAAUAUGAUAGAAUGUGAUGUAGUAUCAUUAAGUAUGAUAUGAUGCAAUUCAAUUUGAGACAAUAUGUUACUAUAUGAUCUGACAUUAUAUGAUAUGAUAUGUUACGAUACAAUACUAUGUGAUAUGAUACAAUAUGAUGCAGCGCGAUGAAAUAUGAUUCUGUACUAUAUGAUGCAAUGCAAUAUGAUAAGAUAUGAUAUGACAUAACACGACACGGUACAUAACAAUACAAUACAAUAUUAUAAUGUAUGAUAUAAUAUGUCACAAUAUGAAAUUAUAAGACGUGGUGUAUUAAGAUAAUGAUUGGAAACGAUUUAGUAUGACAGUAUAUUACAAUAAAAAUAUACAACUUUAAUCAACUGGAGAGGACAUUAUCAUAUGAGAUGAAAAUAAUAUACAAUACACUUACAUAGGAUAAAACUAAGUAUAAUACAAUUUAAUUGAUAUAUGAUAUGUGAUUCAGCAUGGUAUUGUAUGAUAUGGUGUAAUACGAUAUACUAAUAUGCAUAUUUGAUAGAUGUGAUAAGUCAUGAGAGGAUACAGUACUUUUUAAAUAGUUUCUAUACCAUAAGGUAGGAUAUAUCAUGUCAUACGAUACAUGCAAUACGAUGCAAACAAUAUGAUAACAUGGCUUGUAUGAAGCAGACUAAAUAUGAUACAAAUGGUACUAUACAACACAAUGAAGUACAAUAAUUAACGAUACAAUACAAUGUUUUUUGCCUCUGAGAAAUGUGUCUCAGACUUAUCUGCUGCAGCUGCCUCACAAUAACAGAGAAAUAAAAAAUCAUUUUAAAUUCACGGAGGGAAACCAGCCCAGACUCAACCCAAACACCAUAUGCUGCACAUUUCACAUAUUGCACAGCAUGAGCACAAAACAUUAUAUAUAUGAUAGAAAGUGUGAAGAUGAGAAAAGAUGAUUGCACAAGCCACGCAGCCUCAAGAAACACUGUUCCAAAUUUUUACCCAGGUGAACACAGGAGAGGUUUUAAAACUCUUCAGCUCACUUUGGGGAACUUUGUAUUCUUGGCUUGAAGGUAAGAGCUGGAGCUCAGAGAGGAGGGUGUGCGGUGAAAACAAAGUCAGAGAACAGAUGGAUAGACAUUAAACAAGCAGAGCCAAAACUUUCUUGAUUUAGUGAUUCAUCUGCUACUCCUUUGACAAUUAAAGUUUAAUUUUAGUCAAAAUGUCAAAGUUAAUUAUGACAACCUUGCUUUGAUUUUCCUUGUCACGCAGAGCAUGUUUGAAAACUCGAAACCCCCCUGGGCAAAACAGAGACGUGGAUCUCUUGGGCAAUCUCAUCCUGUAGGUCACAUUCACAUUCUGCUUUCUGAUAACAAUCAAAUCAUUAAGACUCAUUAUGAAUCUUUGUCUGGAAAAAAAAUGUAAACAGGCUGUUUUGACAAAUGUUUUGUCUGAUAACGACCUGCUGGCAGCUGCUACAGGCGCGGAAGAUAAGUCUAAAGAAAUGAUCAGUCUUACCUCAGAUGCUCUUGUUUGCUUUUGCAGGUUAUUAAGAGGGAUCUGUCUUUAUUUUAAUGAGUUUUAAACCAGUUACAAAAUCUUCUGAUGCCUUUUUUAAAAGUAUUUUUUAGAUAAAUUAAAGCUCCCGUGACAAACUUUAGGUCUGCGUCAUUUUUGGCGCCCCCUGGCAAAGAAUCUCAUCCUGCUGACAGUCAAACGAAUCAUGUUUUGUAAAUAUUUCAUGUGGAAAUUGUAACAACAUGGCUGCAUCUUUGGCACCUACACCCUCGCACCAAACUCAGAUGUUAAAAAUUCAGAAGUAGUAAUCAUAAAGCUUGCGGCUAAUGGUCUUGUUUGCUUUUCGAUACCAUGAAAAACCAUAAAGUUGAAUUUUAGUCGAUUCUGUUGACGUAAAAAUACCCCUUAUUAGAGCUUUAAGAUAGUGUACGCUAAUGAUAUUCACUAAACUCUAUGUUUACGAGGAAAUAAUUGCUAGAUAUAUAGUGAUUGAUUUUAACUCUUAGAUUAAGCUGCAGAAUGAACUAACAGAUAUGAUCAGCUGCAUUGUCUAUCAAUAAUUCAUCUUUUUUGGCGUAAGGAUUAACCGAUAAAGCGCCACAAUAACUGGGGGAUCAUCGAGGACUAAGAGUACUCCUUAGUAAACAUGGUAACAGAUGGAAAAUGACAAAAAUGGCCAAUCAAAUGCAAAGACUACAGACUACGAGAUGACAGAAAAGAUGAUGGCGCAGAAAGAGUGCUGGGAGCUGCGAAGACAUAAUAACAGACAGACAGCUAGAUUAGAGAGGUAGAGGGAGUGAUAGAAAGACAGAUUGAGACCAAAAGCAGGAAAAAAAGAGAAAAAAAGAGCACUUUCAUGCUCAGCACAAAGCUAUCACAGCCUCAAUGGUCUUCCUCAUGACGAUCGUUUAAUGGCCUUUGCAGUGCACCGUGGGAGGCCUUGUUUAUUUCACAUUCAAUCAAACCUCUCCAAUCAGCCCACACACACUCACUAACUGUCACUUGAGGUUGAUUUCUUGAUUACGGCAAUCAAAAUGGAUGUAAAGAACAGUCGCAGACUCACAUUGCCGGCUGCUUAACGGAGACGGGAGCACAACCGCCGCAGAAACGUAUAAUAAAUGCAGCUCGUAUGGCUUAUCGAGGUGUUCAAAAGGCAUGCUGCUGAGUGCUGCUGACUGAUACCUUCUGUGAUGAUAAGAGGAAAAAAAAAAGGCUGUAAAGUUUGUAAUGUUUCGAGCACUUAGUCUGCAGAAAUCGUCAAGGCUGAAACGAAAGCAUGAUACAUUUCUAUUCUUGUAAAAACACGACUGCGGCGGCCGUGCAUGUGUCGAGCGUAAAGCCCCUCCAAUCUGGUUUUAACUGACUUUCACGGGGGCCAUUAAUGAGUGUGAGCGCUCGCUGUGUGCAGCUGUGGUGCCCUACUUCUUAGGCACGGCUGUGUGGUGCGGCGCGGUGCGUGUGAACACUCGCAAUGCUGAGCAAUACAACCCCGAAAAACUUUGCAUCCUGGAGCAUUUGAGUGGCGUGUUUGAAGUGAACAAAAUCCUAUUAAAUUCCUGCCUCAUUUCAUUGUCUUGUGCCUUGUAAAGAAAAUGCGCUGCCCUGAAUUAGAAUAUUCAAGGUAGCUCGCUUUGUUGUGCUAAUAUUUCCCCAACAAGUAUCCUGGAGAUAUUGCAGGGCCUUGCUCAUGACUUCUGCAGAGCUUGUAGGGAAAUGCAAAGCAGACUGUAGAUACCUUAAGCUGUAACUUUAACCUGCACGGUAUACCGGUACAUUAUAGUGAUGUUUUCCAAUAGUGGAGAAUUUCUACCCGAAUUAAGAGACAGAGAGGGAGAGAGAGGGGAAGAGUAAUUAUCCUGUAUCCGUUCCGCGCUCUAUUUUGCUAUCUCCUCUUUGCAGCAGCGAGCAAUGCUUACCAGAGACCUGACAAGAAUUGCCAAUGAUUUUGCUGCUUUACUGACAAUUCCUCAGUGUUUGUGCAAGGCGAUUUAACUCAUCAAGGCUCUCUUCUGUGCUUCUGUUGUAAAGGCCUUGAAAAAAAGGCUGUGUUUGUGCUGCGAGGCCUUGAAAGGGGAGCCACUAAAUCCCUGCAAAUAUAGUUCGGCAGUGCUAACAUUUGAUUUUGUUCGAGCUGUGUGGAAAACACUCUGUCAAGAGUAUCAAUGCCACAUUCUUUAAAAGCUGUAGUCGCUGUAGUAGGUUUUCCCACUACAUUCUGACAUUUAAAAUCUCACUUGUGGAGUACAGUAUUUCAAUAAAAAUCAGCUCAGCCUGCCUCCUGCACUCCGAGUCACUACUCUGUUUACAUUGAAUCCAUACAGUUUCUACCACACUUCCCUGCAGAAAUGAAAUCUUUAACCUCCGUGUUGCUGGCACAGAGCCUGCCUGCUUUCCAUGAGCAGAAGAAGCACUCUUAUUUUUAGACGCCGUGCUAUCCAAUGGUAGCUGCUUAUUUCAGCAGAACACCUCCUUAUUUGCACUAACACUCGGUGAGAAAUCUAUACGGCCUCGGGGAGAAGUUCUGUUUACCCAUAUGAUUAGGAAGCUGACAUUAUGUAGACAUCAGAUAAUUAGUAAAAGCACAGGAGGUAAGGGCCUGCAUGCUCCCUCGUCGACUGAGGGAAAUAUGUAAAAUACAUAACACAAGGUUCUGUGAAAGUCCCAUUAUCCUGCAGACAGCUCGGCUGCAGAGGCUACAGGCUCCUUUGAUGGCGCGUUGUUUGUUGUUUUUGCUUCUCAGGUUCCUUUCUGCGGGAUUAACAACAAAGAAUAGAAAUAUGGUAAUAAUCAGAUGGAAACUCCAGGAGAAUACAAUCAAAAGAUUUGGAAUAAAUGCAUCUUUCUGUUGUCUGAAAUUGUGUGGUCUAAUUAUUACACUGGAGGCGUUGUGUGUGAGUGUUUGUGGUAAUGAUUCUGAACAGCAGACAUUAUAUGUGCUCUGCAGCUUUGUUGUUACAGCCAUUAGAAAUGGAGUCGGUCCAGAUAGUCGGAGCUUUUCAAGACGCAGUUUCAGGCUGUUUCUGUAUUUAAGUUUGAAAUUAUGUUUUAAAUCUUGGAGGUGAGCUAAGAGUGCUGAAUCUUCACCAUAUUAAAACAAUGUCCGAAGUCAUUUUUUGACGAAAAUGAGUUUUUGGUCUAAAUCAUCUCUUGAGCAGUGAUGCGGAGCUUGACCGAUCUGUCGUGGUGAAGAAAGAGCUGAGCCGUAUGGCAAGACUCUCGAUUCACCGGUGGAUCUACGUGCCGAUCUUCACCUAUGGUCAUGAACACUCGGGAGGCGCUCAGAGUAGAACCGCUGCUCCUCCACGUCGGGAGGAGUCAGCUGAGGUGGCUCGGGCAUCUGGUUAGGAUGACUUCUGGACGCCUCCCGUCAGAGGUGUUCUGGACAUGUCCUACCGGGAGGAGACCUUGUGGUUGGCCCAGGACCAGGUGGAGGGAUUAUAUCUCUCACCUGGUCUGGGAGCGCCUGGUAAUCCUCCCAGAUGAGCUGAUGGAGGUGGCUGGGGUGAGGGCCGUCUGGGCAUCCUUCCUGAAGCUGCUGCCCCCGCAACCCAGACCCGGAUGAAGCAGAAGAAAACGACGACCACUUAUAGUUAGCGUACCGUUUUAGUGUUUUUGUAAUAGCUAGCAACCCUCAGCUGUAAGACAACAUGAAAAGGUCACAUGACUGAGCACAGGAUAAAAACGGCAGGACUCUGUUGUUGCUGGCAUGUUUGUCUUGUGCACAGGUAGUCGACAGCUGUCAAAAACAGGAGUAUUAUCGUUAAUUUUAUCGUAAUCUCCAUGAUAUCUAACGUGUCCUGGGAAGACCGUAUGGCAGCUGUCCUGCCGAGCCAGCAGGCAGCUAACUCACUCAUAGGCCAUUUACUUAUAUUCAGUAAAUUCCCAGAUCUAGGACCACCAUUUUUACAAAACAGGGAACAAGGCCAAAAGUGUUAAUGUGCCCAAAGUAUCCUGUUUUCUUGUAGAGCUCUCAGAUUUCAUAAAACCAGGAAAAAGGUUUAUCCAGGUGUCUAAAAUCAGGAUCAGAUGACCACAUAGACAAAAAUGGGAGACUUAAAAAAAGCAUUGAAAGCAGGUAUCAUCAUCGUAGACCAGUUAGAGUUAGUUGUCAAGUGAUACAAAGAAUUACAAGCUUAGUUAUUCAUACAAGUUCUGUGCUGGUACUCGGUAUACAUAAAUACUCCAAGCAAGGUGUUCGAAUCAGUGUGAGGUCUGCUCAUGGAAAAAAGAAAUGCAAAUACGCCACUUCAGAGACGUGCAUUUCAAAGCGGAGAAAAGGUGAAUGCAGCGCCACAAAAGGCUCAUUUCACAAGAGUAAAUUUACACACAUAUGAAGGCCAUUAGAAUGCAAAAACUCCUGCGAUCCAAAAUUAGCCUGACACUCAUCUUCACAUAUCAUAAACCCUCGCUUCGGCGGAGAAUUCAUAUUCAGAGACGACGACUGUCUCCCCGAAAACAAAUAUAUGUGAAAAUUAAGGCUCCUCUUUGAUAGACUUUGGAUUAAUGGGGUUCAUUUGCAUUAAAAUAUUUCCAAACACAGCCUGGAAUACUGUGCGUAUUGUUCAUUUUCAACUUGACAGCAUCCUGUUUUCACACGUGUCCCCGUUUUCUAAUUUCUGCCGGAGAAGUGCUAGCACUGCGGCGAUUUAUUUCUGAUUUCCAUUCAAAGUUGUACUGUUGACAUCACUCUUCCAACUGCAGGAAAAAAUAAUUAGUUUCCUCACAGCAUGCAGACAUAAAUAUUAAUGAGCUACUGACGUACAUUCUGUGUCCCUAACUACAUGUCAUUUAAAAUGUGAGCCCAUGAGAUAGCGCUCUAAAUAUAUCUGCUGACAGAUCCAGUACAGUAAUGAGCUUGAAUCAAGUGUCUGUCACAGCAGGCCGCCAUUACUCCUCAGUGACACCGAGAGCGCGCUUCAAGGUGAUGGAUAGGUCAGAGGUGACUAAUUUUAGCAGUUGUUGCUGUAGGUCAGGUUUUCAUCAUUUUUCAAAGGCGCAAUUUGGAAGAAAAAUCGGAGACUAAUUUGAUCUGAACUAAUGGAGUGUGUCGCACUUGACACCGUGGGUGUGCCAAGGCCACGCUCUGUUCGGAGACAGUUUGAGUCCUCAGAGGGUUUGAAACGUUUUCUUUUUACUGUUCACAAGAGGGACUGUUAUUAACGUGUUUUGGGGAAAAAUCUGAAUAUUCAAAGUGGAGAGAGCCUCUGGUUUUGAACAGAAGGCUUUUAUUCUUUCUAAAACUCGUGAAAUGAAAUAGACCCAACCUUUGAGCAGUUUAAUCACAUCUAAAAGUCUUUCAAUUACUUUUACAAUACAGGAUGAUAUUUGUGUUGGAAAUGGAUGGUACUAGUUCCCUGCUGCCUCUGAUUAAAACGGUUGCCAUGGUGAGAUAUCAACCAAGAUAGAUGCGUAACAAAAGGUUAUCUACCCUGAAACCCUGAGCUUUAAAGAGCUGAUAGGAGAGGCAUCAGAGCCAGAGAAUGAAAUCUAAACAGUAAAGUCACUGCGUCACCAGUCUUAAGAGAAUAAAGUCAUAGUUGUCGUUUUAUCAUGAGGAUAAAACUGCUAUGUCAACGAAAAAAGUCGUAUUGUUUUGAGAAUAAUUUAGUCACGGUGAAGCCAUAAUCUCAUGAAAAUACAUCUGUGGUACACGAACAAAGUCGUGACGAUUAUCGUAUUUUGGUCAUCAUCAGAGCAGCCAGUACCAGAAUAAGGACGUGGAGCGUCUGGUGAGUACCAUGGUUGCAGAAGCAAGUCCAGACUCUUAAGUGGAGUCAAGCUCUUUAUGUCUUUUCAGAGUCUCUAUGCUGAGGACGGUGUAUCACAGAUGUACUAAAAGGCUGAUUAUUCAGUUAUCGGAGAAACCGUCACUAGACUCGGACUUCAGAUUCCCAGUUUUUCCUCAUUUUCCAUCAAGCGGAUUGUUACUAAUUUCAGUAUGUAAUGAACCAUUAACUAAAAUAAUGAUUAUAUUCUGGUAACAGUACAACUUUUAUCCUCGACCUUAUGUGGACCUAAUACUCUGUCGGCCCUGUUACAGAGUCUAUUAACUGACUCUAUAACUGAGAUUUCUUUUAUUGGUUUGUUUAUUUUUAGGAUUGACUUUAAGAUUUAUUUUUGGCCUUUUUGGUUUUAUUUGGAGAGGACGGGACAGUGGACACAGAAGGGGAGAGAGAGCAGGGUUGACAUGCAGGAAAGGCAGCGAACCUGGACCAACAGCUCAGAACAUUACGACGGUUUAUGGGGCGCAUACUUAAACCACUAGGUCUACAUAUGUGUCCUUUGAUUACCAGGACACAAAACACAUAUUUAAAUAUGUAUCUACAACGAUAAGGAGGAUUUACUGACUCGGUUACAAUGAUCACUUUGCCCGAUUAGACGAUCAGAAAGCCUAGUUUGUUAUUCGGUCCAUGAUGGUUCCCAACAUAUCAUCACAACUGAUGGACUGGACUGGACUACACUGAGCAGCUGUUUUAGCAAAGCGCACCUAUACUGAACUGCCUACUGAGUGUGUUUACUGUAAAUAUGAAGGCUUGUGUCCAUCAGUUUUAUGUUAUACUUCAAGACAAGUUUUGAUUUCAGAGAACCGGCAGCGGAAAGAGCCAAAAAUAUCUGUGUGCUAUUAGUAUUGGGACGAAGACGGGGUUUAAAUCCCACGAAGCUGACUCUGUGUUGUUGUUUUUUCAUUGUUAAAACUAUUUUGAAAAAGGUGCUGAAGGAAAAGAAACUGUCAACUGAAGCGUAAUAAAGUGGAUUUAUUUUGGGAAGGAAUAAUCCUCUCAGCUAGAGAUGAGAACCUUGGCAAUACUCCCACUACCUACAACAUUGGAAGCCCAUGGGUGGACAUUUUGGGUAUUUAUGAGCAUUAAACAGCACUCGACGUGGCGAAUACACUUGACGUGAGCAACAAGAGGGGUGUUUUUGUGCGGGGGUGUGUUGAAGGUGAUUUUGCCUCGUGAAUACUCUGGAUCUAGGACAUCUACUUCUUUCUAAUCUGAGUAAACUAUGUCUCUACUUUACAGUUGCACUCCAGUAUGGACAAAGGCGAAGGCAACGUGAAGUACGUUCUGACCGGGGACGGGGCGGGCACCCUUUUCCUGAUCGACGAGAAGUCCGGGGAUAUUCACGCCACCAAGAGGCUGGACAGGGAGGAGAAAGCGAUGUACACCCUUUACGCCAAAGUUUUGGAUAAGAACACCAACGCCGAGCUGGAGUCUGACACCGAAUUCAACAUAAAAAUCCACGAUAUCAACGACAACGAGCCAAAGUUUGCAAAGGAUAUCUACUUCGCCAGCGUCCCUGAGAUGUCUGAAGUCGGUAAGUUAGGGAUAAAAGUUUCUGCAUCUUUUACGAACUGUCGGUUUGUCUGUCAUGAGCUGUCUCUCCCUUUACGCUGCAGCAGUCAGAGCAGUUUUUGUGAUCCUUAUUUGUUUGGUCAGGCUCAUUGAGCAUGCAUAACAAGUAAUGCCAUUUGCCAUUUUUAAUAGGCAGUGGAAAAUAUUGAAAGUUUAAAUUGUCGCAGUCUUUCCAAUUAAGGACUUGCUUCAUUGCCCUCCACUUCAUUCCAUUCAAGUAAUAUAAAUAAACCAAUCGGGAUGAAUAUAAACAAAGCUUAUAAAAAAAAAAAAGAAAAAUACUGCAUGCAACUUGAAAUCAAUUCUCAAAUGAAACCGCAAAUUAAUACACAGGAGCAAUCAAGGGUGAAUCAAAACCCAAUUGACAAGCAACAAUGGCCUAUUUGGGAUUCAUAAUGCGCUGCUCUUAGAUUUCUCUGUCUCAUGCACGCUGGCUAAAGGUGGGUCAGGGUCACCGCUGUUCAUCCUCGGACUAAUAAACUGCCUUAUAUGUUCAGACUGAACACGCUGGUUAAUCAAGCCAGCCAGCCAUGGAAAAUCAGCAGCUCCCUUUUAUGCUAUCAGUGCUGGGGACUAAGUGGGACAGAUGUUCAAGGGUUCAUUAGUAUGCAUGGAGACAGUCGGACCCAAACAGGACACGGCAGAGGUCCCCUGAAUGCCAAGGACAGUAUUUGCAAAGUGCUGUUAUUGAAACGCUUGGGUGGAUUAUGUGGGACUUAAUAUGAGAGUGACUGAAUGACAGGAGAUCUGAGGAGGACUGCGCUUUGUCUGGACUGCAAUAUUUAUCAGGGAACAAAUUUACCAUAUAUUAGAGCACCUCUCAUUUAAGUGUGCGGUGUGCAGUCUGAGCAUGAUCACUGCUGUCUUUAUGGUGCAGCUUUUCACCCUGAUAAAUGCAUUUUUAUUAAAGGUUUCCAGUCCAGAUGGGUCAGAUUGAUCCCCAGGAGGUAAAAUCAGUAUCCACCAGCACACACUGUUUAUUCAGAUACAGUGUCCAUGAGCAUAGUAAUUACAGUCCAGCUCCGCAGCAGGAGGUUCUCUACUCUGGCUCUGGUUAAAGAGGUCAGGGGAGAAAAUAAAUGAAUAUAAAUAAUGCAUUGGUAAUAUGACCUGGCCGGGAAAAGGCAGCUCUGCUCGUAUGCAAAUGGACUCUUUUUUAAAAAUUUUUUAUUUUUUUAAACAACUCAAAAGAGACACUUUUCAGAGUCGCAGAGAUUUAUCUAUCUCUAAAUGGCCCAAAAAAUUAAAAAAAUGUCUAUUAUUAUUAUAAUUAUUAUUUAUAUUUUAAUUCUUUUAAAUUACUUAUUUUUAAUUUUAUUAUAUUUAUUAUUAUUAUUUUUUUUAUUUUUUUUCAGUGAAGUUGGAGCAAAAAUGUGUAACUGCCUUCUUUAUUUUUUUAAUUUAUUUUAUUUAUUUUCUGCAUGAACUGGUAUGGUAACAGGGACUAUUUUAAACCGGCCCCUUUGGCUGUGUGGAGCUGUGCUGAGCAGUAAUACAUCCCAUGUUAGCCACCUUGUAAAACAGAGUUUUGAAGCAGUUGCCAUAUCGAUAAUGACCAGAGGUGGGGCUAUAGCUUCCUCGCACGCAACUACAGUGUCAAGAUUGGCUUAUCUUGUAAGCUUAAUACCUUAAAAACAAAUUCAAGUGCCACUGAAUGUCAUGAGAAGAUAGCUGUUAUGGUAAUACAGACUUUUAACUUUCUACUUAUUCGAAGGAACAAAAAUUAACAGCAGUUACUGCCCUUAAACUUAAAAUUUAAAGUAAAAAGACUGUAUAUAGAAUGGACGCCAUCUGCCUCCUCGCUGGGUGAAGCCACCGCGAGAACAGCACCCUCUGGUGACGGGCUGCAGUAUAUUUCAUAAAUCCCGCCUCCUCCAGCAAUCCUUGAGGAGUUGUGGAAAAACUUAAGAAAUGAAUUCCACAGAAUAUGAAUUUUUGUCGAGUGGAGAAAAUCCCAGAAAUACCGAGAGCAAUUUGGCUUCGGCAAAUGCACACAAUGACAGAAGGCGGAGCCAAGUUUUCCAAAGUUUAUACAAUCUAUUGGGAGUACCAAUCCACCUUCGGCCACUAUUCAGCAUCUGUCUUGGGAAAUUACUGAAUUAUCAAUAAGAGAAAUCAAUUAAAAGUGCGCUACUUUAGCUCUUUGAUUCAAUGUUCACUUAAGACAUUUCAGCAAAGUUCGUCAAUCGAAGCGAAAGUUAUCACUCUCCUUUACCGUUAAUGAUGGGUAUUUGUUUCAGCCUUGUUUUAAUCAGCCUUUUGUUUUAGGAUAAAUGUUUCGAACCUGGAGCUUUCACAUUCAGGCUUUUAUAGAGUGAACCUCAAACUGUUUGUUUACUGUCAUUUAUCAUCCUCCCUGUAAUAUCUAACCCGGGCCGAGCAGAUAUCUUUGGUAUUCUGAUGACGCAGAAACUUUCCUCCUCUCUGAUAUUUAAGACAUCAAUCUACCUCCACCUGCACACGGGGUUUAAUCAAAGCAAUAAUUUCCACUAAUGGACCAAAAGAGACCCAGCCAUGGUCUGCAAGCCGUUCACUUUUUAUUAAUAAUUCAGCAAAGCCGUCUGUUCUCUUAUUUAUUUAUUUUAAGUCUUACAGAUGCUGUUUUUUUUAUUCUUUCUAAGCAGACAUAACACCUUUUUAUGGAGCCGACCAUUUAAUUCUUCCAGAUCUCUUUUGUUACGACAUAAAGAUAUAAAAUAUGAGAUUAUCUGUCAGAUUUGUCUCAGUAAAUACAUAAGAUCGACUGAGCCUGUGACUUGGUAUCAUCAUGUGUGGAAUUGUUGCGUUUGGCGCCCGCUUUGACUUUGUUUGCUCCUCUUUUUCAGGUACAUCUGUUGCUACUAUAACUGCCACUGAUGCGGAUGAUCAAACGUACGGGAACAGUGCCAAGCUUGUAUACAGCAUCCUGCAGGGACAGCCGUACUUCUCUGUGGAUUCUGAAAACGGUAAGCCGAACACAGCGGGAUCUCUUGGAUCCGGUUUUCUGUUUUAAGAGUUUCUGAGCCUUACAAAGACAGAAGUAUCUGCUGAGCUUAUUAAACCCAACCGUCUACUCGGAUUUGCUAAAAAUCUACAAUUACAGGAUUUAAUUUCACUCAAAUCUCCAAUUUGUUUUUUCCAAUAUGGCAGAAAAAAUUGAUCUUUCAAAUUUCGUUAAAUAAAACAUGAACAUCUGGACCGAUGUCGGGUUUAGAAGUAAUGAGUUACCAAAACGGUCCACACCAGAGAAACAGAAGUGAUGUCUUUGCCACAACAGAGCGCUAAUGUGGAAAUCUGUGAGCGAGCAACAGCUGCGGCAGCGUCCAAUCAGAGACAGGGUUUCUACAGGUUCAAAGAACUCAAAUCUAAGACUUUUUAAGACCAUAAUGAAAACAAUUUAAGAUCCAUUUUACAUCCAUACUGGCAAAAAAUGUCAAAAGGCAUGAAUUGAAAUCCGAACAUUUCAAACUGACUUUAAACCAAUCUUGAUUUGUAAGUAACAUCAAUACAUUUUUAAGACCCAUUACAUUUAACAAGGUUUUAAGAUAAUUUAAGACAUUUUAAGACCCAGCAGAAACCCUGCAGAGAGCUUCAAAAAACACGAACAAAAAAGUCAAGAGAAGCAAAAUAUCUGUCUACAUCUAUGUCGGCAGGGAUCCUCCAUAUCAGGAUGGAUGCUGUAUAACUGUUUGAGAGUGAAUUAUUUUGAUGGUUUGAUGAACAUUUUAAAACCCUAAUUUAAACUAAAAACAGCACAAAGAUAACAAAUCAAAUGUUAAAACGGAGAUAUUCUGUUUUAUAAAAAAUCUGACUUUAGUAACGUGUUUCUAAAAAGUUUGGAGGAGGAAUAAUAAUAGGCGAGGUAGAAAAAGGUCUUUCCAGAGAGGUGGAGUCUCUCAGCCAAGUAAAGAUGGGAAGUGAGAGACUGCGUGAGCAAAGAGUUCAACAAUGUCAAUGUGGAUUUUAUCAGGUACAGUAAAGAAAAUAUCAUUAAGAGGUUCAGAGGAUCUUUUAAAAAAUGUGAGAAAAGAGACUGAGCUGAGAAUAUGAAUAACACUGCACAAAAACAGACGUGACUCUGUUGUGGAAAUCACCGUAUAGGCUCAGAAUCACUCUGACUGGACACAGUUUUGAGCUGCAAACACAAACUGUGUCAUAAAAAGAGGAAACUAUAUAAAUGCACAUGUCUUCUUUGGGCUCAAGCUUAUUUACUGGACUGAGGUGGGACACUGGUUCAGCACAGAGGCUACGGUGCAGGUUGGACUGGUUAUAUAGAGUGAAUUCCCAGUCCAGAUAGUCUCUCUCUCUCUUUCAUGGAUUAUCUUGUACAUCAGAAGUGUCUGAAGUGUCAAAGUUUACCCAGAAAGUGGAGCUUCCACUCGGAUCACUCGGAUGUAAAAAGUUUGGAAGAUUUCACAUCAUUGUGAAACUUCAGCGCGUAGAUAGAGUCCCACUGCACUCCCUUGUUGACAAAGAUCUGUAUCAGACUCCAAGUUGCAGGGCCGGGUCUGUUUAAGAAAUAACGCUUGUUAUUCCUGGUAUUUAAGUCUGCAUGAGCGGAGGACAAACAUUACAGGAACAAGAGAAGAUACUGGAUACGAUAGAGUGAUGAUGUUAUUAAUUCUUGUGAGGGAAAAUAAAUGACGGCUCGACUUCAGAGUCAAUAACAACAACCCUGACAGAAGGAGAUUGAAAGAUGGCCAGAGAUAACCACGACCAUCAAUCUCAGAGAUAUUGAGUAAAAUCAACAAAUACGUGUGGAAGGUUAAGCAGAUAAGAAGAGAUCCGAGGAUCAUAGUGAUGGACGACUUCAGCGGGUUUCAAACACCGCUUCAAAUCUUCUCAUUUGUCCUGUAUUUUUGUAAAACCUUCAUUUUGAAAGAUCAUCAGCCGACCACCAAGACGGACAAGACAGAUCGCCUGUCUGUAUGUUACUGAUUUCCACGUAGAUGAAUAUUAAAGAUGCAGGUCCAUAAGAUAAUGAUGCUCCAGGUCAACAUUAAUAUCAGCUCCUCUGACCUCCAGCUGUAGCAAACAAGACGUCCUUAUGAAUUGUGGCGCCUAAAUUGCUCUUGGCGUGUUUCCUAAGAUUCCAUGUUUAGCAUGCUAAGAAGUCAUGGCGGCAGAAUUCGAGCGAGCUCGGUGUCUCUCUGAACAGAUGGAUUGGAUCUGUGUUUGUCCAAGUUUUUAUUUAUUUAUCUUUAUCAUUUUAGUUCUGAUGCUGUUGGUGAAAAUAUGUCAGUAUGAGCAAAAACAAAAGGUAGAAAAUAGUAAUUUAAAAAAUGGGUCGGUUUAAGUUUGAUGCUGCCUGUUUUAAUAUACUCUUCAAGUUAUUAAUCGCUGUGUUUCACCCUGUUUUAAAAAUCUGAACAUCAAAGUUGAAUUAACAAACUAUGUGCUUCUUUUAUGUAGCUGGUCUUGUUUACUUCCUUCCUGGUCAAAUACCGGGUUAAAGCCCACUGUGCAAAAUCUGGAGCAUGCCCAGAACGCUCAACCCCAAUAUCUUGGUGUGAGAGACCGAGGAGCUUGAUGUCAGCUGGACUUACAUUGUAAAAAUCCAGUUUCAGAUCCAACAGUCCACUCACCCUCGGUUCAUCCUGGUCUUUUGGGAAAAUUCUUGCAGUGAAAAUGAGGCUUUAUCACACACACAACGAAAGCCUAACUCUGAUCUUCAUUUUUAACAUUCCUACACAUCUUAUAACUUCUUUUUUUAGCUCAUACUCAGCUGUGAAGCCACUUCUUCACUCUGCUGUUUUUAUGUUGUGAGUCUAAAAUCAGAUUUCAGUAAAUCCUGAUAUUUUGUGACCUUCUUUGCUGUCAAACGAUAAAAAACUAGACCAUCCAUGUCAGUUUCAUCCUCGUCUUUGCAGCACAGAGUGCAUAGCUCAAGACUCAGCAUACCAAGGGGCCGUUGCCUCCGCUCCAUCUUCUUCCUGCUGCUUGAAUGCGGCACACAAAUGUAGCACAUCUGACACUAGAAGAACGUUGCCAGGGAACAUAAUCCAGGCAGCAGCCACAUUUCCCCUCAAAACAUAAUUGGCAAACCUAAUUAGCUGUAUAUAAAUGCAAUUUUCUAGGAGCCUUGGUCGGGUAGGGAUGGAUGGAAUUGAUCUUAAUCUGAUCUCAUUUACUGUCAAACAGCAAAUCCAUUCCACCAAAAUGAAGUUUUCUUUUAUAGGCAAAAGUGAUGGAAAGAAUUUCCGUCUCUCUUUUUUUUUUUCCAGGCACUAUCAAGACAGCUCUUCCCGGCAUGGACAGGGAAGUGAAGGAAAACUACCAGGUGGUGAUCCAGGCUAAAGACAUGGCCGGGCAGAUGGGUGGACUUUCAGGAACUACGACGGUCAGCAUUAGACUCUCAGAUGUCAACGACAGUCCGCCUCGCUUUGCCAACCGUAAGAACUAUUGAAUAUCUACAUGUCUGCUUCACUGAAUCGUAGGGGAUUAUAUAAACCACAACCUAACUUUACAUCAUCACACUUAUAACCCAGCUGUGUCUAAGUACUUGUCUGGAGGUGUGUUGAGAUGUUUUGUUUGCACAGCUGAAUGAAUUCUUCUCCGGUUAUGCCACUUGGUAGCACUACCAUGGCAACACUAUUCUUAUCAGCAUGACUACGGUUCAAACUAACAUUGAACAAAGCAUUAAUAUUCCCAGUAAAGCAGAAACCUCUCAUUCUCUAAACAGCAAACCUCUAUAAGACUCUCUUUUUCCUGAAUUUUCCUGAGAGCAUCGUUGGAUUGAUGAUUCCACCUGUAACAUCAUUAGCUUUUACUCGCACUGAGACAUCUAUCAAAUUGAAGAAAUCAGACACACUGAAACCCAGUAUGGGCUUGAGCAGUGUUACUGUCUCCAUACACCAAACGCGAGUAAAAUCAUUCGCAUGAAUGCGUUACAUGUUAAGUCAAUGCAAAGAGGCGAUUAGACGCUCCUACAACUCUGGCGCAAAUUGGGCGAAGCUCAACUUGAGUGGAUAUGCAUGUCGCGAUAACUACUCAGCACGAAGGUUGCCGGGUGACGUACGAAAACGGACGGCUGUUCACUGUUCCCGAAUAAAAAGGAGGAGGCAAGUGAGUGAGGAGGUCAGGUUACCUCGUAAAUUUAAAAAAAACGUUGUCUAUCACUUGAUCCCGCCGGUUGAAUUGGCAGGGAUUACCAUCGACGCACGAAUGAAGCGAGUAAAUACAAUACAUUCACGCGUUUAGAUUCAUGCAAAUUAAGCGAGUAGAUGAUUUUACUCACGCUUGGUGUGAGCGCCCCAUUAGAGGGUGAAAUACCUGUGUUUUUUUCUAAUUUAUGAUUUAUUAAAAAAAAUACAGGAAUUUCGAACACUGAGUCCGAUGCAUUGGUUUUAUGAUUUGCAACUCAAAAUAGUCCGGCACACACAAUUAAUCCGAGAUGGUCGAGCUGAAAAACAUGUCUGCAGAUAUUCACACAAGGUCACUGAUUAUCACUCACUGCCUGUACAGAAAUAAAAACAUAGAAUCUGAUAUAUAAAUGUUUGAGCAUUAUAUUUACUGGUAUACUGUUGCCAUGGUAGUGCAAAUAAGAGAUGCAUUUAUGCGUAUUGACUGACCAAUUCUGUGUAGAUUCCUUUCGGGUGACCGCUGUGGAGUCCACAGAAAUCGGAGGCGCCAUUGGUCGGAUCAAAGCCGACGAUCCGGAUGUUGACCGCAACGCUGAGAUGGAGUACAGUAUCGUCGGCGGUCACGACAUUUUCAAUAUCAUCACAGACCAAACCACACAGGAAGGAGUCAUUAUCAUUAAAAAGGUAAAGGAUCGUCAGUCCUCAUUUACCCUUCUGUUUUGUUCUCAAUGCCUUAUUUUAUUUCUACAACCGGAUCUGACUCAGCCGCUGUUGGUUAUGUAACCGUUACCUGAUUGAUAAUGGCGGUGCAAUCAGACAAAACAAUCCUUGACGUGUUUUCACAAAGCUACACUGACUCUCAGACAGGCUGAGGGGUUUCAAGUUAAGCUCGCUGAAUAAAACUGAUUUUAAUGACCGCAUUGAGUUAAACCUUCGAGAUUGAUUCCCUCCAUCUGUGUGAAUCAUGAUUACACAACCCGAACGGAAAUCACAAUGUGUAUUCAGCAAACAGUUGAGGAGAGUUUUCAUUUAUUUCUCUAAAAGUGCAGUUUAAGUCUUCAAAGUUCAAAGGUUUUACUCCGCUCUCUAAGUUUUAUUGUAGCUUUUAAUUAAACGUUUUAUCUGAACUUAAAAUGUAGGCUGGGGAAGCAGAAGAGUACAGUUUCAGAUUAGAAGCAGCCCCCUGAUAACGUUUAUUCCAGUAAUAAAGACAUAUGACAGGGUUUAUUUUUGAGCUCCAGUGUCGAAUCAGAUACCCUAAGCCUGUGAAAUGAAUAAUAUAAAGCAGUCUUUUGCUCAAAAACUCUUUUUAGUUUUCCCCUAAGAUCUCGGAGAUCAGUAUGCCUCACUUGGAUUUGUAACUUUGAAUUUAGAGUGUGGAUGAGAUAAAGGCAGACAAAUGAAAUGCAAUGAAUUGCCUAUCAGAAAUCCUAGAGGCGAACUGUUUUUCUUUUUUAUAUAUAUAUAUAUAUGGAAAAGUCUGCAGCUUGACUUCUGAUGCUCUUUCAUCUGCAGGGGCUGGAUUACGAAAGCAAGCGGGACUAUGAGUUCAGAGUGGAGGUGAGAAACACCUACUUAGAUGCAAGGUUCAUCCACGGUUUGCAAUUCAAAGACUACGCCACGGUCAAAGUUACAGUGGAGGACGUGGACGAGCCCCCCGUUUUCACCAGGAACCCCUACGUCAUCGAGGUGCACGAGGACACGGCUGCUGGCAGCUUCGUCGGUGUGGUGUCGGCCAGAGAUCCGGACGCUGACAACAAGCCGGUCAAGUAUGUGAUAAGACACAGCGAGAGGAGUCUAGAGCUCAAACAGGGCCGGGCUGUCAGGACCAAAUGUCCACUCACUAUAAAAAGACAAAAACCUGAACACCCACUCCAUAAAUCUCAAAGCUCAGUGUUUAUUUCUUCACUCUCCAGACUUUCACAGCAAGAGGUCUGGAGAAAAAGAGUAUGAGAUCAAUCAUUUCUUUUAGAGAAUGAUUAAAAAAUAUCAGGUUUUUGAAGAGGUCUACCUACAUGAGUGGAAUUUAAAAAAAGUAUCCAGACAGUCUUCGUUUAAUUGAAGAGAUGUGAUUUCUCUACAGAUGAGACACUAAUUCAGACUCGAACUCAAGUCACUUCUACCUUCUAAGGAACUUUAUCUCGAGACGUAUGCCUGUAAUGUUACUUUUUAAAUACUGUUUUUAAUUAAUUGGACAUAUUGUCAUUAACUGAUUCAUCAGUGAUUUUCAAUCGGUGAACUGGUUUGGCUUUUUGACCCCUAGAUAAGAGUAAGAAGCAAAGAUGGGCACACUGAGUGAUAAAAAAUAACUAUACUUCAAAAUUUUUAUGAACAUUAACAUCUUUUGCGCUGCGACCAAAAGGAUCCCCCUGAUCCAAGUGUGGUAGAAGACCCAAUCCAAAUACAUGAAAUACAUUAAUAAUUACGAGUAACUUCAAAUUAACAAAGGAUGUAUGUUCUCGCUUAAUCAAGGUUUGGAUCCUUGUUUCUCAGUAUGUCUUAAGUGUUGCACCAAGUCUGAAUUGCGCAAAAAUGACGACAUUCAACAAAACCGGAUUACAAAGAAGUUGAAGGUUUCAGUCAGUACGCUUACAAGACACUCAAGAAAACCGAAUUAUCGCUUUACUCCGAUUGAGACCAGACAACUGAAGUGCAUGUAAACACCUUAGUCUGACUAUACUCGGAGUUUGAGAACUCCAAUUAAGGCACCCAGAUAACAGAAUUUGAAUUUCUCUACCAUGUAUCCAGCGAUGAUAUGAUAGGCCAAUGCAGGUGUGUGUGCACCACACCCCCAUAACCCUGGAACAAAAACACCUGAGAAGAGGAGUAGCCUGCACCUCAUCUGCAGACAAAGUAGCGCCUACAUCAUGUACGACCAAAACAACGCUGUACGAUGCUCCAUCUUCUUGUUCAAAAAUGCCCGGCAGCAGUUGUAGACACUUCUGACGUUUGACAUGCCCCUGCUGUUGUUGGUGUUGGGUCAACCAGCCGCAGGGACUGGUAAACUAGAGCUCAGAUGAAGCAAAGAGCUUCAACUUUCUUCUCCAAAUGUGUUCAAUCUGAAGACUGAAGAUCCAAAAUGUCAAAAUGCCACCCAGACAUCCUGAGCUAUGAUUGGCUGAUGUAGGAUCCUCAUUAAGAUCAACUAUUUGAAUUGUGUUUGCAACACAGUUGUAGCUUAAAAGAAACAUCAUCUUUUGAACCCCUACAUGAGCUCAAACUUAAUGAUAUAUUUGUUUCCAGGACCACAUUUCUGGGGCUACAAAGGUAAGAAAUGUGAUUCUUACCCUAGCUUUAACUUUCCCACCAAAGCGUGGGUCCCAGAGUCGCAGUCCUAAAAGUGCAGCAGUUAAAAAAGUCUGGACGAGCCCCCACCAACAGGUGACACAGCAUGUUUUGACCAUCGCCUAAAUGAGCUCGCUAGCCUUUUCUCCGAGAAAGCUCGGUUUCCAAUUUGGAAACAGUCUUAUCUGAUGAGGAUCCGAGGAGUAAUUCUCACUAUUUUGUAUCGUUUGUGAAUUUAAUGUUCGAGAGGUUUUAUCGUCGCAGUUCUUCUUUCUCUUUUUCUUCUUCGUUACCUCGCCUCAACUUUCCAUUUUUUUGACAACACAUCGAUUCCCCGCGGAGAAGUAAGCACUCACGAUUCAGCAAACUUAGAGAAGAAUCAAUGACUUAUUAAGCAAAGAUUUCCUCUCCAACCCAGGGGGUGUAAUGCCUUAUUGUGGCAAUUUGAUUGUUUUUAAAGUCAUUGUUCCAGCUUUAAUUAAACUCGUAUAAAAUCAAUACAAAACAAGGAACACAUGGUAGAAAUACAAAGUCUCCUCUUAUCAGUUUUUUUUCUUUAGCAGGAGGUUGAAAAUGUGCCCACUUGGCUAAAUCUAAUCCAUCAGCUUUGCCAUGUGUCAGUGUGGAGGGGAGACAGGGUGGGAGGAAGGAAGGGGGGAGAAAAAGGAUAUUAUUCAUGCCUCCCUUUUGGUCAUUUCCCCAGUGGAAGAUGGUGGCAGACCUGUGAAGUGAAUACAGACGCUGUUUAUUUCCCUGCAUUAUGUAAGCCCUCUGUAGCACUGCACAAAGUCAAAGUGAAAGAGCCUAAUUUGCUGUAUUGAUUCACACAGCUUAGUGCCGCCAUCCUACACAUAUGGCGCCUGCUCGUCUCUGACACAGAGAUAUGCCACUCCCGGCGCGUGCCACAUGGCGUAUCGGGUUGCAUAUUCAAAUUUCAGUGGAAUAUGAAAGUUGACUAUGACAAAUGAGCAGGCGUGAGGGAAGAUACAUCAUCUUCUGACAACGGGGAAACCGAUUCUUCUCUCUUUAUGAAACUAUCAGCGAUGAAAUGUAUGAAUCAGAUUUACAGGGAGAAGUACUUUUGUGUUUGAGGAUAUAACGAACUUUACAUUUAGGCACAACUACAGACGGGUUAUAAGGUCUGCCUUUAACGCUUUGAUUUUGGAGGUUUGCAACCAUACUCGCUUCUUAAACUGAAUGUGAAUUGCUUCUAUUUACUUCUGUUCUAUCACUUCUAAUUGAUGAUUGCUUUAUCACUGUUUUUACUCUUUUUGGAUGAUAAUUCCUAAAAUGUUCACUGAGACAAUAAAACCACGAGAAGUCAUAAAUUUCUUCAUAGACGGUUAAAAACAGGACUGUUUCAGAACCAGGUGAGGGACUCCUUGCAGGUCUUAAGAUAGAGUGUAAUAAAAACGCAAAUCCCGAAAACUGCAAGGCAGGUCUUUGACGGAGAGUCUGUUUUAAUGUCACUGUGCAAAAUUAAAUUUCCGAGCGUCAUGAAAAACAAAAACUAGAGUCCAGUAUAAAGCUGCUGCAAGGAGCUUUAGGUCUGUGUCAGUUUUGGCACCCCCUGUGGACAAAGCAGGAUCUGCUCAUCCAUCGUCCAUGAGACAAUUUCCCAUCAUUCAUUGUGGGUGUAUAUGGUGGAAAUUGUAAAACCAGGAUAGGAUAUACGGAGAGAGAGCGCAAUCAAAAUGAAUUUCUGAAAACUUUUAAAGACAAGGUAGUUUCUUUCAGGUUUAAACAGUGCCCCCUUCAGGUCAUUACGAAGAUGAAAUCAAAACUCUAACUUGUCAUGAGAAACCAGGAAGUGGGUCUGUAUCAAAGUUGUAAACCCACUCAAAGAAAAUACUAUCUUUUUAGUCUUAUGCAGACUAUAGCUACGUUCACACUGCAGGUUAUGAUGCACAAUUCAGAUUUUUUGUUAAAUCUGAUAUUUUUGUGUGGUCGUUCACAUUACAACAACGAAUGCGGAAUGCAUCCGUGAAGUGACCCGCAUGCGCACAAAGCACAAAUUGCUUUCCACGCCCGUUUGUGUCGUCGAACAAUGGUGACGUUUGUCACAUAUUGAUGACGUAUAGGUUGGAUGAUGCAACCUGAGCGUCCACACUGCAGUCACAUUGGAUACAUAUCUGAUUUAUAUCCACAUACAAAAGAGGCCUGGGUCGGAUUUGAAAAAAUCUGAAUUGCACUGUUCACAAAAAAUGCUAGACAACAUUAAUAUCGCUGCGAAUGUCAUAGUCCAGAAACAGGAAUAUAAGAUCAGAAAGUUGAGCUUUUUUUAUGUUUUUUUUUUCCUGCUGGUAUUUACACUCUCCUUUCUGUGUGUCGUCUCUUUUCAGAUACUCCAUUGAUCGGCACACGGAUCUCGAGAGGCUGUUCAACAUCGAUUCUGUAAAUGGCACCAUCACAACACUGAAAGCGCUGGACAGAGAAAUGUCCAAAUGGCACAACAUCUCUGUGGUUGCCACUGAAAUAAGUGAGUUCUGUUGCUCCGUCUUCAAUACAUUUGCAUUUAGUUGACCUUCUUUGACUUCUUGUGCUAAAUUAGGAAGCGGUGGUGGUUCUUUCACUGGUUGAGGAAUCAGUCAUACUAGCUUGUUUUUAAUCUCGUCAUUCCAGAUAACCCCCGUCAGACGACCCGAGUGCCUGUAUUCAUCAAGGUGUUGGACGUCAACGACAACGCCCCUGAGUUUGCCAUGUCCUACGACACAUUUGUUUGUGAGAAUGUCAAAGCUGGACAGGUAAUAAAAUCUUAAUCUUAAGAUUGUUUUCUUGACUUGGUACCAUUUUCUGUUUGUUUCAGACGAGUUUUCCAAAGCUGCCACACAGUAACACCUUAUUUUCCACAUCUCUACUGAGAGCGCAGCAGAAAAAAAGUUGCUCGAUAUCAACAUUAUGACAGAAUCCUUGUGGUUAAACUUUUCUGUUUAGCGGGGCUACAAGAUAAAGUAAUUGGCUUGUCAUUUUUAAUGCUCACAAAUUCAUUCGCAAAUGCAUCUGCAAAGUGAUGCUGCACACCAUGCAAAACAAAGUUAAGAGCAUUAAUGUGCGAUGAGCAGACUCACUCUGGCAGCUGACUUUGGCAACUUUCUGUCAAAGUGGGAUUACAACCCCGAGAGGAUCCAUCACAAUGAAAUUGAUAUGUGUGCGCGGGGGGGACGUUGAUCCAGCAGAAUAUAUGAAUACAUAUAUGCAUUUAACUGAAAUAACCUUGAAGUGUGUAAAGCAUGCAGUCGUUGUGGGGACGCGGUCUUUGGAAAGCGAUUCCGGGGGAACAUAUUUUUCAGUGUUAUUGGGCAAAGAGCCAAACAGGAGUUGGCAGUAAACAAGGAGGGAGCCGAGGGAGGAGUUUGACGCCGGUCACUUCCUGACAUGUACAGGGGUAGGUGACCCACGAUGCUCGUGAAGCAUGCUGCAUACUGAUAGGUGUGUGUUUGGGGGAAAGCCUCUGGACUUUGAGGAGACAGUGAAUCCCGUAAUUAGAGUUGGGCGGUAUGAACAAAAUCUUACAUCACAGUAUGAGUAAUUUCAUAUCCCAGUAACAGUAUAUAUCACAGUAUAUUUUUCCCCCCCUGUAGAUUCAGUUAAUGUCUUAAAAAUAACCAUACUGUCACAUUUGUUCUUUUUUUUUUUUUCAUUUUUAAAUUUGGGUUUGUAAACAAAUGUAAACAAAAUGUCAGACCAGUCUGGAAUUGGACAUAUGGCGUACCUUUGGCGAAAGACUCUGCCAAGCUCUUUAGUUUUUGGUGCAGCAGGUGCGUCACGCGUCUUUUGGCGCUCAUGAUAGAGCUUGGCGUGUUUCAUCUUUAGAUGGUUUAAGAGGUUGUUGGUGUUUCGUCCUCCAGCAACGACAGCAACACGACACUCUUUAUAAAGAAUUGUUUUUUGAUCGUUGUCGGAUCGUCUAAAUACCAAGAACUGAUGUCGGGACUCGCGCUCUUUUUCAAAUUCCUCCUUCUCUUCCUCCUCUUGGGUGGGUCGGGCUCCCUCCAUUUGCUCAGUACCGCCACUAAUCUCCGCGUCCGCCAUGACCACCACCAGUGAAGCUGUUUCUUCCUCGUCGAAACUAUGCCAAGCUGUCUGCUGGACACGCUGGUGAUUAUAGGGAGCGCACCCAAACCUGACCAAUCAAACGGAGAAAACAAACUGCACGACACGCUGGUGAAUAUACAGUAACGCACCCAAAUGGACGCGCUCUGGCUCUCCUGUUAGUUAGCACAGACAUCUGCUCUCUCUCUGGUAUAAAUGAUACAGCAAAAUUUCUACCGUUAGACAUUUUUACACCGUCACAUAUAUACUGUCAUACCGCCCAACACUACCCCUCACUAAUUGUAGAUUAAUUUGAGUUUCUUCUCAGCGACGGGCGACUUUUGCUUGGAAAGUCAGCGAGCUAUGACGCCUAAAACGUGGACGUUUUGACUGUAUUCAUCAAUCUUCAUGCAUUCAUGAUAAGACACUUUCACAGCCGACUCUCUGUGAAGCCAAAUGAAAAGCUGGAAUGUGUUUUUCUGAUCCUUUGCUCUGUUUUCUCGGCAGCUGAUUCAGACAAUAAGUGCUGUUGACACAGAUGAACCCCUCCUUGGACACAAGUUUGUCUUUAGUAUAAGUGCCACCAACCCGAACUUCACCAUUGUUGACAGGGAAGGUAAGAUAAGCCGAUUUGCAUUUUUAUUGGAAAACCAAAUGAAAGUGCUUGGCUGUGUACUUUAAAGUUAAACUUUAAAGUUGUACGUUGGGGAAUGAGUGAAAUGGGGUUUCUUAUAAUGAAAAUCUUAAGGGCUGUCACUUCAAAUACAGGCCAGAAAAUCAUAAAUUGGAACCGAUUAUAUAAAAUAUAUUUGGCGUGGAAAUACAUUUCCAUUGUGGGGUUGCCGUCUUUUGAUUGACUUCUUGAAAAGCAUUUUUAUACCUCUGGAGGUGUUUGACAAAAUUUCAUUUUCUGAAGAGCCAUUGUCAAAACACGGCUGUCAGGCACUCAUCCCACAGCUAUCCUGCAUUGUAGAACAGAUUUUGGUUUGUCUGUCACAGACAAAAUAUCCUUCAAUGGAAUAAAGAGUCUUUGAGGGAGAAAGGAGAAAUGCUGUAGACGUUUAGCAUACUGGCAUUUAAGGAGCAGUCUGUAAGAUUUUACCACAUUUGGUUGAAUAGACUUGGAAGAAGAUGUAGAUAGUUUGCACAAGUAUUAGAUGAUGCAGAAGUCCUCUUGGCUCACUAUUUAACGUCAUCUUUGUGUUUCUACUGUAGUUUUUGCAUGUUGUGAAGAGCUGGGUUUAAUUAAUCAGCUUUUAAAGUGAUAAAGAAAGUGUUUUUUUGUUCACAAAAUGUUGUAUCAAUGACGUUUUUGAUGUCGAUUCUGACUGAAGAUGUUGUUAAAUGUUCCUGUUUCUACUCCCUGUACCUUUAAAAGUCAAGCGUGUUGAUAUCUUCUCACUUACAUGUCCUCCAGAAUAUCUGAUUUAAGUUUAAAAAUGAUCUGGUACCUCUGCGGACAAAAAUGAGGGUUUUUCUGGCGUUGGACACGCUCAUCUCUUUAAAAAGAAUCCUGUAAAAUUCAGAUCAAGUGUCUGGGGUCAGUCUCUCUCUCCUCCUGACCCUCUGAUAAAAUCAAACAUGUUUAAUUUGAGCGGAGGUUAUUGGUCUUGUCCGGCACUUUGAGUGGAAGAAAAUGAGAGCUGGUGCUCCCUGACUCAUGAGUUGGUCUAUUCUGUGGCUAGUAUCAGUACAUCAGUGGUAUUACAUUAUAAAUAUCUACAUUUAAUGAGAUACCGGAAGAUAUUGCAGAUAUUAAUAACAUAGAUUUAUUAAAAACUACCUCAGUGGGUUACAUAAACAAACCCCCGCUGCUUCUCCUGCUUUCAUCCUGAUCCAACACUCGAGCGAGUUGGGAGUUCAUAUUUGAUGAUUAUGGACAUAUAUUCAGCACAUAGACAUGCCUGUGGGAAGAUGCAUGUGUUACUCAGUACACCAUGAGUAACACUAUAGUACUGCGACUCAUAAAUAUCAACUGGAACUGCAUGGAGAGGACAGGAAAGGUGGGAAGUAGUCCCAGUUUGGUGAAAGAGUCUCAAAACGCCAAGUCUUGGACACCUGAAGACAAGCUUUCCAUGAAGUUCUGAUCUGUGAGAACUCGUAUUUCAGCUCUUUUCAGUCUCUGCGUGAGGCGAACUUCUGUGGCUGCUUUUCCAGUGAGAUACAGCUUCAGGGUGUUACUUUUUACACAGCUGUGUCGUCAUGAAAUGACCCGAAAGUUACACCUCUUGCACAGAACACCUGUGAUACGUCGUUAAUGCCCAUGUUUACUCCUAUCACAUGUUAGAUGGUGUUACAUUAGCAGCUGUCGUCUUGGAAACAUCUAAAUAGGGCUGGGCGAUAUGGCCUCAAAUCAAUAUCACGAUACAUUGAUCAGUUCACCUUGAUAACGCUAAAUGGACGAUAACUACUCCACAAGCUGCUCACCCCCUCCCACGUUAACUUUGUCUACUUCAGCCGCUACAACUUUCGAACCGUCCUCCAUCUCCUCUCCUGUCUUUCCCUCCUUGUUACGGACUGGAUGGGGUGGAGUCACGCCUCUGAUGUAUGACCCAAAACCAACCUUUAUUUGUUUAUUUUGACACCUAAUAUACUGAUAUGGGCAAAAUGACGUUAGUUAUUAAAUUUAAGUAUCUGUCAAUUUUUGGUUUAUCACCCAGCCCUACAUCAAAAUGUUCCAGGGAUUUUCUCGUACCUUCUUCUUUUAGACAAAAAAAAAAAAAACAGUUGUGACUUUCCAUCAGAACCAAAAAAAUGAAAGAUUGGCAGCUUCUCAAGACAAAGUAGUCUUCUCUAAAGGUGGCGUACUGGAGCGCACCAGCCCUCUUAAAACAUCGGUCCAAGCCUUUGCAGAUAGUGACGAUCCAGGACAUGAACGCCACAUGCUCUCAUUAAAUGUAAUAUGAAAAUCAAAGACAUAAUAAAGAGGAAAAGCUCUCUAGUAAAAUGCAAGCCUGAAAUGCUGGCCAAGAUUAGCCAAACCACCGCACAUUCAUAGACAAAAUACGCUUCAAUUUUUGUCAAAUUGUGUCUGAUUUUCAAAAACUUCUACCAAGAGCAAGAUUGGAAAAUAGUUAUCUUGUGAAUCAUGUCAGCUCAAAAUCACCGGUCUUUGCAGAAGCGUCUUGUAAUACGCGAAAAUGUCAAACGCUUCGUUUUCCAAAGUCUCGUGCAGCGUGCGUGCAGAUCUUCAGCCAAAGUCACAAUGUACAGCACUGCAGCACAGACUCUGAAGGGGACACUGGGAAGUCAACUCUUAAUGGAAUUUCAACAAACAAAUUUUGGACUUUAAUUAGUUUUGCGAGAGAGCGUGGCCGUGCAUAACCACCAGGCCUGUGUUCUUUUAGAGGGAAAACGACUAUAUGAUUACUAAUGAAGCCGUGUUUGAGUUUGAUGUUAAAGACCUGAACAGCAGAGGUGGUUGUUAGCAAACUUUAGUCUUUUAGUACUAAUUAAACACCUUCACUGAGGACUUUUGAAAGACCUUGUCGAGUUAAGGGUUUUACCAGCUGUCAGUCAGAAGAUUGAGAUUUAAAGGAGAUCGCUGACACGUUUUUCCCCGUCUCCGUCUCUCCACAGAUAACACGGCCAAUAUCCUGACACGGAGGGGGGGUUUCAGCCGGCGCGAGAUGAGCAUGUACUUCCUGCCUGUAGUGAUCUCAGACAAUGACUACCCCAUCCAGAGCAGCACCAGCACGCUGAUCAUCCGCGUGUGUGCCUGUGACAGCCGUGGAAACAUGCAGUCCUGCAACCCCGAGGUCCUGCCCUUUUCAGAUGGUCUCACAACCGGAGCUCUGGUGGCCAUACUGCUCUGUGUCAUUAUCCUCCUCAGUAAGUCCUCUCUCUCUCUCUCCUGCAUGAGCUCGUGUACGUGUGUGCAUGAGUGUGUUACAAGGAUUUUUCGGCUUGUUCUCUACGAUCCUAAUUUCACCUGAAAAGCGAGGUCAAUUUUUUAACGUAGCUCACGAUCAGAAACCACAAGCCGCCUUCAAAGUGUUUCUAUAUCUGUGAAGUAAGGUUGAUACAUAACGCACAAAACAUGUAACAUUAGCAGUCCAGUCAGGUCUUGCUUUUAUAAACUCCCCGCCGCAGACAUUUCAGGCUGCUGAAGUCAAUAACGUGGCCCAGAGUGAGUUGUUUUGCUCAAGUAUGUGCUGCUGAGAGCACACAAAACUAGUGAAUAUCUCUGAUAUAACAAGGUCCAUCAUCACAAACAGGGCACUGAGUGAAACCUUGGAGUCCCAUCUCAGUGCAAUCAAUAAGAUGUUUCUGAAAAUGUGCAAUUCAGCCAGCAGUGCCUACUCCAGCGAGCGAGCAGAGGUCUGGCAUUGGUCUGUAUUAAAUCCAUCAGUGUGACGUUAAUUGUUAACAGAGAAAUAUGUUUUCUUUAAAUGGUGCUAUCUUGUAGAAAAAAAAAAUUACAUUUUGAUGAUAAAGGCCACUUCACAGAGUCGUGCUCUGCAAUUAUGUGAUAAAACAGCAUCAAACUGAAGUGCUGUUUGCCUUGAAAUAAUGUCGAAAUGGGGUGAUAACAGAAAAUGUAUUUUUUAUAUAUUUUAUAAGUGAUGAAAAUGACAAAUGGUUGGAUCUAUUGUGACGAGUAAAAAUGAGUUAUAGAAGCGUUUUAACUUUGUGGUUAAGAUCAGAAAAACAUGUAGAGAAAGGCACGAUGGCGAAGAAGACUUCAGUACAACUGUCGUCAAGAUCAUGUAAAUUACAAUUUAGAUUAAAGUCUGAUUUUAUACGUUGAAAUGUCAUUGCAGGAAGUAGGACUGUCCCGAUGCAAUUUUUUUACUUCCACUAUUGUAGCCUUCAGUAUUUAUCCAAUAUUGGCCAAAACUUGUGCAUGACAAGUUUUUCACUUACUGCCACGUCUUUUUCGGACUUUAACAAAAAAAUAUUGCCACAUGGCCGAUAUCACUCCUACUCCUUGCUACUUUGUUCGUACCAAAGUACACACUGUUGUUGUGAUCACAUGGGCGCCACAUGGUGGAGCUGGAGUGGAGUCUGGAAUGGACUGCUUGUAUCAGAGAUUUUAGAUGCAGGCCGAUAUAAUCCGAUUUUUGUUUUUUGGCUGAAACCUGUCUCAACCGUUUACAGCUUGUUCAAAAUGCCGCAGCUCGUGUUUUAUCUAGUCGCCGUAAAUAUGACCACAUUUCCCUAAUUUGAGCCUCUCUUCACUGACUUUGUGUGUGUUUUAGGAUUGAUUUUAAAAUUUUAUUAACUUGUAAAUCUUUAAACGGUCUUGCUUCUUUUUAUCUCUCUGACCUUUUUAAACCCUAUAUUUCAUCUGGGACUCUCAGAUCCUCUGACUAGCGCCUUCUGACUGUCCCUAGGUCAAGGUUAAAGUUCAGGGCUUUUUCCGUUGCUGCACCUAAACUCUGGACGCUCUUCCCCUUCAUCUCUGACUGUCCCCCUCACUGCCUGUUUUUAAAUCAAAGUUGAAAACGCACUUUUACUCCCUGGCUUUUAACUCCUGAGAACUUGGCCUUUUAAUCCUGUUUUUACUGAACCAUCUCUGUCCCCCUGUUUUUAAUGUGUUCCUUUAUCUUUGUUUUAUUGUUCAUGUUAAUUGUCUUAUUCUUUUUAUUUUGUUUUUAAUUUGACUGUACAGCACUCUGGUCAGCUCUUUGUUGUUUUUAAAUGUGCUUUAUAAAUAAACCUGAAUUGGAUUGAAUUGGAUAUCAGACCGAUACCCGAUAUCAAUAUCUUAUCAGGACACCCCUGAUAAGAUUUAUCUCAGAAUUGUUGCAUACUGUAUUUAAACAGUUUGGACAUGCAGCUCCUUGGCUUUGCAAGAAAAAAUAAACUCCUCAUAUCGCAUAAUUCGCACUACUCUGAUGUAGUGAUAGAGCUUUAAUACAUCUAAUAAAAUAAAGAUUACAAAGUACAUUUAAUUAAAUCAAUUUGAUUUCCAAAUUAAGACCGUAAUAAGAUUUAUCUUGUGAUGCUAAUAUUGACAGUAUUUGAUUAAAGCUCCUCUGAAGGUUUUUCAACUUUAAUGAAAUAGACUGAAACUCAAUUUAAUAUAUUUUAAUAAUGGUAGACAGGAGCAACAGCAACAUGACAGAUGAUUAUCAUACAGUAAAUUUUUAAGCCUGAAACAUCCCUGCUUCUGGAAUUUACUCAUAAAAACAGCAAAAUAAACAAACAACAUAUUUAACAGUGAGACUUCUUGUCAAGAGCAGAAUAAACAAACCAAAAGUUCCUUAUUGGAGCUUUAAAUAUGUGAUUAAAAAAGAAAAUCCGACACGUUAAGAUUAAACUCGUCGUGUUGGGUUGCCAAAUCUAAAAUACCGAAUAAACUUUUCCAGCAGAGUUUACACAACCCGUGCAAAGAGUUCAAUUAGGUUUACUUUUAUUUUGUAAGUGAUCACUGGUAAUUAAAUCAGGCCAGUUGAUUUGCAUGCACUGUUAAUUACAUUUCUCCCUCCGAAAAUUUUACAGACCGGGGUUUUAAACUCGGCUCAUUAGCAGAUUUAUCCACUCAUGGAAACACUCGGUGUGUUUCAAAGGUAAAGUAGGUCGCGCGUUACUUUCCUGACACUCUGAAGCACCACUUUAGCCCUCCUCCUGAUCUAAUGUAACAGCGUACACGCCACAACAGCAACAGCGCCGAUCACUUUACUCCAGGAAAAAAAAAGCAGAAAUGUGCCGCGCUCAUGGUCAAAAGUGCAUCAAUAAGUAAUGGGCUUCAACUGCCAUUGAACCUCACCUUGCUUGGCCAAGCGUAGUGACGAGCAUCAUGGCUCAGCAGACACUGUGAAUGUCGAAUGAGGGGAAACGCCAUUAAAAUAUUUAACAAAAUGGUCCUCGGGAAACUGUGCAUGCACCCGUGAGUGUGUGUGUGUGUGCCGUCUGCUAUACCGACCUCUUAGUGUUUCACCGCGCCGGGUAGGAACUCACUUACAGUCACGAACUCUAGUUUUGAAGUUUGGUUCCUAUUUGAUCCGCCCUGACUAACCUUGUGAUACAAGCGCAUUAGUAUUGAUCAGCCUCCUUCCAUCUGCUUGUUUUGACUCCAAUUUUGAAAUCUGCGUCUGAUGUUGGGCAGAUCCCUCCCUCACGUAUCGGGUGCACUGAAGGUUAAACACCGAGCUCUCCUCUUGAGCAAAAUAUCAUGACAUCUGCUCAUUAUCCGUCGCUUUUUCGCGCUUGAACCCCCCCCCCCCCCCCCCCCUCGGCAGACUGUCUCAUUCACCUCCGCUUGACUCCGACAGGCAGCCGCUGAGCUGGAUCACUUUUCCCCUAUCUGGGGCUCUUCAUCGCAGCCGUCCGCGCUGUCUAAAAUCACGGCACCGGUCAGUUGCAAAUGUCUAUAAUGAACGUUAUAAACAGACACUCACACCCUCCAUCGAAGCCGCGUUGAAGGUAUUGUAAUUAACACCCAGGUGGGGGCAAGUAGACAACUAUAGGACCUGCUGGCAGGACAAAAAAGGAAAGGAGGGGAAGGAGAGGAGAGGAGUGCAGGUGAGGCGGGAAUUUAACUCGAAUGAAACGGGCUGUUGCUUCUCUGUCUUUUAGGAUGUUUUUUUACACCUAAAAGUCCUGAUCAGGUCCGUGUUUUUGUCAAGUUGUCUACAUUUGGUUUGGUCUGUAAAGGUUUGACACCAUGAUGAUCCUACGUGAUAUCGUCAUCAACUACGUCCUCAGUGUGUCUCUGUAGUUUACAUCGAUCGGUCGUUUGGCCGGUGGAGAUCUGACGUCAACACGUUAAAUUACACGAGUCUUGAAAUCGUCAUAUUAUUGUUGAUUUUAAACUACCAACAGCAACAACUUGAUAAGCUGGACAUGAGGCUGGCCCAAGUUCGAUCUAUCAAGUGACGAUAACGUGAUUGAAGUCGACAGGAAAGGAGAAGAAAGUAUGUAAUAAUGCGAGUCACUGCUACACCUUCACCACAAAACUAUUAAAAAUAUAAACUAUCAAUCGUAAGGUUUAACUUUAUCGCCAAUAUUAUAAUUUCCCAUUCUCCAUUCAACAUAUUGGACAAUUUUACCCCUUGUAUCAUUUCCUGUUUUUGGUAUGAAACUUUGACUUUGAACCUUUCCAACAGCUUUCACACUGGGCAUGAACCAGACCGUGGUUUAGUUUGGUCUGAACUGAGACUCCCUCAUUUGGUCGGAUCAACGUCCACUGGAGUUUUUCCACCAAUCAUUUUGGUUUGGACCAAACAACGUAGGUGAGAAAGCCCUCUAAAAUAAUCACUUCAAUCUGCAAGAGUUAUCAAACUAUAUCAAAGUCUUAUGAGACCAACCAUCUAUGGCAUUGUUUAAGGUUUCUAUUAAUCAAACUUCCUCUUGAGACCUCAAGCUUGGACCUUCAUUAUGUGCCUCACUGUAGCUCCUCGGCUGUUUAAGCACAGCUUUGUUGUUGUUUGCAGGGAAAACAUUUGUGGACCCAAGCCCUGAGGAUGGACUGUGACUGUCUUUUGGUUUGUAAAAACCGGGUUCCCACAGUUGGUGAUUUUACCAACAGCUGUCUCGCAUUGGCGAGGCGAGUUCAGCUCUGCAAACGUGUAAAACAGAGCUAUGAAUUAGGAAUGUGCCACCCUUGUGAGGGUACAAAAUGAGAGGUCUCCCCAGGCAGAAAGUGUAGUUUAGUGUCAGCUGGAGUAGAUCAGAGCGGAUAGAAAAGAAAGAACAGAGACCAGCGUCUGUUGUGUGCCCUACAGUCUUGACUCGACCGGUGACGAUCUACUGGAAACUGCAGCUUUUGAAUGUUAUGCUUAUGAGAUAGGAGAGAAGGUGAUGGACGAGCAAAUCAAUAUGGGUCUAGGGAUGGAGAUUGAGGUGGAGAAACAAUUGAAAAUGCUCAUGUACGCAUGCCAGACCAGUAGGUGGCGAUGAUGCCAAAUCAGACUUAAGAUCAGGUGCAUAUUGAAUAUUUUCUUGAGUCGGUUGUGACUGAUUUUGGUGUCCCAAUGAACACAGACUCUCCAUGUUCAUAUAGUUAAGAAGACAAAACAGUUAAAACGUCAGAAUAACAAAGAAAAAUAGAUUCAAAUAUAUCAUAUGAAACUUAAAUCAUUAUUAGAAUUAGAGCCCAAACCAUAACAGCGAUAAAAAUAUGUAAAUGGUUUGGUCUACUGCAAGUAAACCCCGUUGGAAAUUAAUGCUAAGUUCAAACAUUUCAUUGACAGAAGCACAGCAGUCAGCGUUUUCUGACUCAGCAUUCAGGGACCAUGUUGGGAUGAAUAUUUCAGAUGAUGACUUUUCAAACACACACUCAGAGGCUGUGCUAUGCUGACCCGUACUUCACCAUUACUGUGCAGAUGAGGGUCAAAAUGUUACCAUGACCGCCCACGAGCCUCAAGAAAAGGUCUAAACAGCGAAAUGAGCUCGUUCUGAUCUAAAGGGUUUACGAGAACACGCUGAUAUGGAUGCAUACAGCGACUCUAAACCUUGACAUUUCUACUAUUUCAAGCAGAAUUUUCUACAGGCUUUAGAAAACUUGUUACGACACAGUGCCACUCUCUGGAAACUUGCCCACUCUGCAGUCUUUCAUUUUCUCCUGCUGAAGGGGGGUGAGGUAUGAGGAUCCCCUCACCUCCGUGUGUUUCAUACAGUGAGGAGAGAGAAAGCUUUUUCACUGAAUCUUUAAUAAUAGGAGGAGAACGCCUGCGGCAGUAUCGGGGAUUUAUCAUUGGUAGCAAAUGUGUCUCCCCUCUGCGCUUUCACUCCCCUGUGCUCUUUAAUGCGUGACACAUGUUAGGAGGCACACGUCUUACGCUGAGCUUUCUCUCUGUGUGUUUCCUGCUGUUUUUUUUGUGUAGUGAUCGUGGUGCUGUUUGCUGCCCUGAGGAGACAGAGGAAGAAGGAGCCUCUGAUCAUCUCCAAAGAGGAUGUCAGAGACAACGUCGUCAGCUACAACGAUGAAGGCGGCGGAGAGGAGGACACGCAGGCCUUUGAUAUCGGCACGCUGCGAAACCCGGAGGUGAUGGACGCUAACAAGCUACGGAGGGACAUCAUACCCGAAAUGCUGUUUCCCUUUCGGAGGACAUCACCUAUUAAGGAUAACACGGACGUCAGAGACUUCAUUAACGGAAGGCUUCAGGAGAACGAUUCAGACCCCACAGCGCCCCCCUAUGACUCCCUGGCCACGUACGCUUAUGAGGGCAGCGGGUCUCUGGCAGAAUCGCUCAGCUCUCUGGAGUCUGCCGCCACUGAGGGCGACCAUGACUACGAUUACCUCAGCAACUGGGGACCACAGUUCAAGAAGCUGGCGGAGAUGUACAUAGGGAAAAGCCCGGACAGAGAGACCUAGCUAGAGCCAUGAGUCUCCUUUUUCAAACCCAUUUUUUCUGUCUGUUUUUCUCGCUAGCUAGCUAGCCAGACAGCUAUGUGUCUAGUUAGUUAGCUAGCCAGCUAGUUAACUGUCUGUCUACCUAUCUAUCAAGCUAUCUAUCUGUUUAUCUGUCUAGUUUGCUAGCUAGCUCGCUAGUUAACUAGUGGUCUAUUUGAUUCACAAACACAAAUUCCUGCAAUCCCGCCGUGGACGCCGAAUUAAACGGAAAUUAAGACUUGAACUGAAUUCUCCCGUUGAAGGAGACGCAGUAUGAUUCUCAAAGUUUCACCGUUUUUUGGUCAUAAUCAGUAAAGAUGCCUUUGAAUUUUAGGAUUUUUUGUGAACAAUGGUGUGGACAAUGUGUUUUGUAAUGAGCGAUAGUAGUAUUGUAUACUAUCAAUGUUUAAUGGCUCUGGAGUGGGUCGGGGUGGGGGUGUCGGGACGGAGUCGAGUGGUUUUUGCAGCCACCUCCAUUGAUAACUGUAAAUGUACAGAGUGUUUUUAAUGAUGGACAUCCUAUAUACUAUUUGCUAUCUUUGUUCGACAAGCAAUGUUCAUGUGAGUGGUUGGUGCAGUUUAUUUGUCAAACUGUGAAUUCAUUUCAUCAUAUAGGUGUAAAAUGUACUGGAAAGUGUAUGUUGUAGGCAAAACUGUCAUACACUGAUUUCAUGCUGUUUGAAUGCUGAGUCAUAUUGUUUUAUAUUUAUAUUUUUAUACUUAUUUUCUUAAUAAAAUGCCGUGAAAAAGAAGAAGACAU